AAAACAAGCGCACCCUGCCACAGGACGUCGGGAAAUGCGGAAGUAGCUUCUCUGUCAAAUAUCGAAACAGUGCUGCCAUUCAGCAUAAGAGAGGGCUUCGGUAAGUAGCCAAAUUACAUGAAUCGUGUCUUUUGCAAACUCUCAGAGCAUAUUAUCUGUCACGCGGGUUUUUAGUGAGUGCUGACAUGCAUUGUUUAACUCCUUAAUGUGACAUGUCCAUCCAAAGUCCAGCUUCGCUGACACCAGUGACUCUGAACACAUUGUGAGACACGUAAAGGUUUGCACAGGACUUUAUUCUGCCUCUGUUCAUCAACUUAAUGUCCAUGCACAAAAGAAAUGACUGCAUGUUCAUUAUUGUUAUAGAAAAAAAAAAACAGGAGGCUGCCUGACUGCAAAGGUUGGGUGUCAUAUCGCGUAAUUUAUACAAGUAGCUAAUCAUGUGAGUAAAGAUGUUUUUAAUGAAUAAAAACAAAGUCAAAGCUGAUAUUCUGUCUAAACAAACACAUUGGUUAUCUGUAGUGGACCUUUCCUGGGUUACAAAGUGGACAGUAACAUAUAUGUCAAAACUAUUUGUACGGUUCAGCCACUGAAAAAAACAAACAAACAAUCAAAAAAACAAACAAACAUCUUUUUGUCUAUUUUUUAUUUCUUUUUAAAGAAGAUUUUAUCCUAAAAUUGUUACUGAUGUAAAUAAGUCAGGGGGUUGAAUGUUUAGUCUCUUAUUUUUGUUUAUUCGUUUCUAUUCUUGGAAUUAAUUUUGAAAUAGUAAUGUGAAAAUCAAACCGGGACAGUGAAACAGCGCAAGGCGAGUUCUCUUUCUUCCCCGACUAGUCGAUUAAUUAAUAACUGUAUUUUGACCGCGAGGAGUAGAUUGGUGUUAUUCAUCAAAAUAAUCCAAGAAAAUUUAACAGUAAUAACUCCGCAUCGUUCGGUUUAUUUUUAUGUGUGACACUAAUGUUAAAAUUCGAUCUAUUUCUCAAAAUUAAGAUUAUUUUUUAUAUCUAAAAACGAAAAAUAAAGUUCUUUCUCUUUUCCCAUGUCUGUGCAAGGAGGAAAGUCAUUUUUACUUAAUCAGAAGUUUAGGGUGAAGUGUGCCCAUUCAGCAGAUAUUCAGUGAUUGGUCCACGGGGUAUGAUUGAGCUCCACCGUAUCGGAGAAGCAGGGUGACGUUGGAGGGUGUGACAGCUGAAGGUUACUGCGUGGAGCAUAAAGUCCGCCGCUGCUGCAGCUUCAGACUCCAAACUCCAGACAUGUCUUAAACUAUCUAAUCUGACUGGUUUCAGAUCGGCUCCCGCCCCGAGCCUGCAGCAGAGACACAGACACGGAUCUGGGUGAGUACUGAGCUGCCCCGACUUACACACUGAGACACCUUUAAGACCUGGGGGUGAGAUCUGGAUCAGCCGAGCAUGCAGAUUAUACUGUAGUGUGUGGCAGUGUGGUUUGCUUCUACACUAUAGCCUCACCAUGGCUCCCACUAAGACCCCUCCCUCUCUGAGAGCUGCUAAGAUGGUCGAUCAGCUGUUUCUGUCAGUAGUCUGUAUCUGUGCUCCAGGCUGCCGAGCUCACCCUUCAGAGAGGUGGAGCAAACUCAUUCACUUUGUGCAGCUGAUUGCUAUAAUCAGCGUGUGUAACCUCUGAGACACUCGAUGAGUGUUUACUUUCUUGUCUCAAUGCCAGGUUUAUUUCCUCUUCUACAUAAACUCUUCCUUCAGGUCUCUCCAUGUUAACUGAUAACAUUAAAGGUAAUCUAAUAAUCAUAGAGCACAAUAGCGCCCCCAAGUCCCAAAGUACAUCUAAACUAGGUUAAAGCUGGUAAAAGUGGGACCAGAACUGUAAGAGUUUUGCUUUUUAGAUUAGUAAAAUAUAAAAUCUCUGCAUCCCAGUAUAAUUUAUGUAAAUCACUGCCUUCUCAAAAACAGAAGUUGCCACACACUGGUGAAAAAAAGUACAUUAUAUGUUUAUUAUUCCUUCAAGCUCAGUAAUGAAUCAUUAUAACAAACACUGAGGUGACUUCGUUCAUCUAGCAGACACUGACAUACAUUUUUCCACAAACUUCAUCUAAAUAAAACUUUUUCUGGUAACCCUGUGACAUUUGGGAACAUCUGGGACACGAAACACAGACAUUGACAUACUCACAGGACUCAAAAGGUUUCAGGAAAUGUAUCAUAUGCCUAAACUAUUUAAUUGUAAGACAUUAUUGUUAGCUGUACAUUAGAGGAGUGACUUGGAUGAAAACCUCUGUAUUUAGUUUGUUUGUUGCAGAUUUGAUUGUUAAGGUAUAUGUUCAUAUUGCAGAGAGUUUCUCUUGUGUUCAUAUCUCUGUUAGUUUCCAGUGGAGGGCCUUUUGAGAGGGAAGAUGCUGCAGGAGUCGUCUAUUGACAGCAGUGGCUGCAGGUUUACUCCUUUGGUGGUGGUGGAGCUGGCCUCUGACGCCUCAGAGGAGACCAUUGCGUGGCUGCUGCGCAGGAUCAGAGACAAACAGCAGAAUGGAGGUAGAACAGUUUUUCUCUUAACUGUAUCUGUCUACACUUUCUGCCACCACAUUCAGAGUUAUUAAUCAGGAUGUAUCUGCCAGGGUCUGAGCUGCUGGUGGAGCAGAUCAGCCCUGGAAUAGAUGCUGAGGAGAAGGAAAACCCCAACAUGUUUCUGGUGGGGGCAUCAUGGCAGAGGAUGCUGGCUGGUGCUGAGGAAAUUGGCCUCUAUAAGGAGCACGAGGAUGGAUUCAUGAGGAGCUUCACCUGUGCUAGCCAAAACGGCUUCAAAGACUUUAAAGGUAAGGUAUGAGUGUGAGCUGCACGAGAGGCGGGGCAGGUGAACUUACCUGCUGCUGGAUGACAGCUCAGUUUACGCAGCUGUGAGGAAUUUUGCCCUGAGGACAAAAAGGUGUGUCUCAUCAUGUCCUCUACAGUUACAGGUGGUUAGUGUUGUACUGCUCCCUGUGACAACUGGCUGCGCUGUCUGUUCGAAUCCAAUUUGGUGAAUGGGGGGACAUCUUUAAAAGCUUUUUCAUGGAUGUUGAUGGUCUAGUAAACCUUUGACUGAUCAUAUGAAGAGCAUCAGGAUCAAAUCAAGGCUGUUUUAGGACAUGUUGAAACUCUUCAUAGCACCUUUUUUCUCCAUCUCUAAGACAAGAGUUUCAGUGACAGUGUGAUGAGGUCAAACAGAGUGAAGAGGUCAAACAGAGUAAGGAGGUCAAAUGAAUAGAAGAGGUUAAACAGAGUGAAGAGGUCAAACAAGGCUUAUUAUGUAUAAAUCCUUUCUUUUUAUUUUUCCUUAAAACAAACAGCUGACAAACGCUGUUGAAAGCCAAAGAUCGGUAUAUUUAAAUUUUUAUAUAUUUAUAUAUUUAAAUCAAAACAGAACAAAUCCUAACUCUCAGAAUCAGUCUUUUGUUGGAAGGCUUAAAGCUCCAGUGAGGAGUUUUUUUCCUGUUCUGAAAUAGACUGAAAUUUAAAAGGAUGCCUUUUUUGACCAUUGGUAUCUGAAUGAUCAUGUUUUCAUAUUGUAAUUUCUGUAUGCCUGUAACUGCAGUGAGGGGGUCAAUGUCAUAUAAGAGGAUUGACAGCAGAGAUCUACUUUACCUACAGAGGGCACUGAAAAUCAACACAAACAGAAAGAAACACAAGAGCUUUAAGUUCAUCUGUGACCAAAUAAAAGAGAUGUGGAUGUCAGCCUCACAACCACUUACAACACCUGACAAAGGAGUUUUAUGAUUUCUUAGUGGUAGAUAUCAAACAGCCUCCUCAACAGAAGUGUGGGGUAUAGUUCUGAAUAUUUUAACAUAAUCUGUUUAUUUAUUUAUUCUGGUCAUUCAUUACAGAGGAACUAGAGUUGUCUGAAUAUUCAACUUACAACACACACGCACUCAAAAGAAAUCAUCAUUUUACUUUUUCACACUAUCAGGGAGCAAAAAAGAAACACUGAAGCUCAAAGAUGAUUUCUACCUUUUUAUAUAAUCCACAUCCAGAUAAUUCACAACAUCAGCUGGAUAAAACGAUCAUGACGAAAACAAAUGGAGAAGUCCAGAAGAGCUCCAGUCCCUUCUCUGCCGAUUCACAAAUGUAUUUUUUUAAUUUACCUUUUUGUCAAUUAAAAAACUAAAUUCAAAGGUAGAAAAAAGGUAUGCUUAUUUGCCUCCGAAACCAUUUUAAAUAUUAGCUAGAAAACAUUUAAAGAUAGAGAGAUAGGAAACACAAGAGUAACAAUAGAAACCAAGAGGCAAAAACAGCUAAAAACCAAUCAAAGCAACAGGAGGAGCAGCUCGUGGGCUCAAGUGAUGACCUGACAACCAAAGUUACAAACUGGCCUUUGAUUAUUUUCUGGCCCACCAACUAGUGGCUCAGAAACAAACAAGUUGCCCACCCUGCCAUACGGCCCUGUUGCUGUUCUAGUUCCUGUUUUAGGGGGGAGAACUGAUGUAUGAACACUCCUUGUUGUGUUGUUGUCUGUGUGUUUGCUGCUCCAGUCUGAUGUGCUCUGUCUCUCCAGGGGAUGGAGACGGCUUCCUCAGUAUGGCUGAGUGUCAGUACAUCAUCAAACAUGAGCUGGACACUUUAAGAGCCAAAGAUGAGACACAUGUACCAGGACACGAGUCAGCCAAGCUCUACCCCGGAAAAUCCAUCAGUGAGUGUCUGUCUCAGUUUAAAAUCUCAACAAAUCCAGUUUCUUGGUUUAAUGUCAUUUAACUCUGUGGAAAGGAAACAGAGAACAAUUCCACUGUUCUUGAACCUUGCCGCUAAUGGGACAUGUUUUGUGUAAAUUACAAGAAGUUUCAUUUUUGUGGUCAUUGGUCCAGUAGACGUUCUCGUUUAAGAGCUGUUAAACAAAAGUAGGGCACACGAAAUCAAUUUUAUUUUUUAAAAAUUUCUGUUUUUUUGGUCAACUUCCAGUAAAGUUGCUCUCAGAAUUCAUAGAAAUAUCUUCUGUACUUAGCUUAGUGUCGUAUGUCUUUGACAUCUCAGACUACCUCCUCAUCAUCACUUCACACUGAACUCCUAUCUGAGGUGAGACAGGCUGGAGGGAGCUGGUGCAGCAUAGAUCCUGGACAGACUCUGGUGUGACAGCUGCUGUGAAAAACCCAGACUCUUCUACAAACCACCCCCACAGUUUAGGAAAUCCUGUUAUAUUCCAUGGUUUACAGUUAACAUCAGCAAAUUCUGUGAUGCCGCCCAUGUUUAUACAUCACUCAAAUUAUUGGGCCACUCAAAACACUGAACCCGAGUCUCUCACAUGCUGAGAUUUCUAUCCAAAGUUAAAAAUACAUUAAAAACAUUAUAAAUAUGGUUGCCAACACUGACACACCUUUUAGUCCGGGAACAGCAUUAGUACCAGAAGUUGUGCGCAGCAAACACACCUCCAAAAGAAGGCAGAGACCAUUUAUUAUUUAUAUCAAUUAUUCCACGAGUUGCUUGUGUACCACUGCAUCAAUUAGGAAGAACCUGAAGAACACCAAAGUCACAGAACAACUCAAACGAACCAAUCCCAUGAAGCAGAGGUAGACCAGCAACUCCUGUAUUCUGCAGGGUAAAGUUAAGCUGCAUGUAAGCUCCAUUUUGAAGUCCAUUCUGACCUGAUUUUGGAGUUGUACUGCUCUGGUAUUCAGGCCACUUUAAGCUGGAUCAGCUGCUCCAGACUGCGUAGCCAACUGCUAACUGUCGCACUGUGAGAGCAGGGCUACGACCUGUCUUUAUGAGGAGGUUUAAUCUCUUGGUUAUUGUGAAAAUUUCCCUCUCAUACUAGAGACUGAACUAUAAAUUGUUAAUUGAAAAAGUAAAAAAAGAGAUUAACUCAAACUGAAAAUAAACUUCCCUGAAUUACUGACUUCAAAGCAAAUGCUGCUGAUUAAAACUGUGCCAAUAAUGCAUCAUAAUGAUUAUAUACAUGCUAUGAAAAUAGAAACCAAUUCCCGAUGAACAGCAGUGAAUCUGUUCUAAAUAUACUCAAUGCUAAAACUGACACCAUCAAUCCCUGAAUGUUCCUUCUUUGUUGCAGACAGUGUUAAAGCUUGUGAUGAUGUUUUUGUUGCUUUCAUGGCAUAUUUGUAUUUUCACUCCACACCACCAUCAAGGCUCUUUAGAGGUAGUUUUAUUCUUUAUGUAUCUACUACUUAUUCUAUCUACUUGUUUGCAAAAGAGUAUAUAACACAACACCCCCCCCCCCCCCUCCACCGCUGCUUCUUCUCCCUUCCCAUCUCGCUCUGUAGCAGCAGAAUGGAAACAAUCAAUAUGCAAAUGAAGUGAAAUAUUCUCAAAGUGAGAUAAGAAAGCAGUGAACUCGCAGCAGGAGAUAGGCUUAUAGGCUUCCUCUGUUCAAGGCCUGUUUGACAAAUCCUGUUAAAGCAGAAUGUAAUCAUUUUGGACAAAUGAUGCACUCAAGUAACUGCAGAUGGAAUGAUGGAGCUUUCAUGUGCUGGUCGUGUUCAGUCACUCAGUGGUCGAUAAUGAGGAUUAUUGCUAUAGACAGUGCACUGUGCACAACAGGAGGCUCUCUGCUAUUGUUUGCCUGUCCUUGUCAUCAAAAAUUAAGGCGUGCUUUUACUUGGUUUGUUCAGUUCAGACAGACAAAAGUGAGGGAUAAUAAAGCAGAAAGGCUGUUUUUAUGUCACUCCAAGGUCAGUGAAACAUUUUCUGCAUUAUUCAGACCAAAAGCCAAAACAGCGUCUCCCAACAGCCUCCUAUAUCAAUAUUUUACUCAUCAUGGCUGCUGUUAUUAUCCCUGUGAGAACAGCCCACCACAGGGAGCAGAUCUUUGUUGGUAUAAUCCAGUUUAAAUUGAUCUGAAACAAAAACGUUAGCAGCUAAAGCCUUUGUUCUUCUGGAGCUGAAAGCUUCAACUCAUAUCUUUUCCAUCAUCACUCUGAAGAUAAUUCAGUGACUUGUCACUGGAUGAAAACCUGAAGGUGGAGUCUGCAAUGUUCUGUGAUAACUCACAAAUGAUCAAUCAUUUUGAGCAUUCACAGCAUCUGUUCGCCUUGUUUUGAACUCAAUCAGCUCUGGAACUAUUAGUAGGUUAAAAUAAUAAUUAUUUCUUAUCACAGAAGGUCUGAAACACUGGUCAUGUUAAUUUUAAGCUAGUAGCAGCCCAGCAGACAUAGUCACUUAGACAUGCAGCAUAGUCUAAAUACAAAUGCAAGUGUAGCUGCUGUGAGUGAAUUCAUCAAAAUAAACUGUAGGUUUUAUUCAUGUAACUCUGUGUGUUCUUUCUUCUGAAAAUAACCACAACGCUAUCAAUCACUUUGCUCAUAGUAUCCAAAUAUACUGUAUCGUAACCCCUGUAUUUGGCUAUGUAUCAUAUCACCAGAAUAUUAUCAUAAUGUUGCAUUACCCAGAUGUAAAUAAGUACUGAUGAUGGACAGAUCUCUUAGCCAGGGUUUUUAUAUUUAAAUUUAAAUCUACAUUCAUGUUUAAAGAAGUUGAUUCAAGAAAAUCAAACCAAUCAAGUAUUGAUUACUUGUGAUGACAAAUAACCUUUUAGCUGAGGUUGUAAAUGAUGCAGCACUUUCUCCUGCUUUCUGACAACGCAUUCACCCAUUCAUAUCACAUUCAUCCAUUUAUAAUAUCAACUAAUACCAUUCACACACUGAUGACAUGACUACAGGGGACAGUUUUGGGGUUGUCUUGUCUAAGGACCUUCAGCAUAGCUGGACCCUCUGGUUUAGAAACGACCUACUGCCCCUUUGAGCCUUAGCGGUUCUUGACAUUAUGACGUUAUGAUGAAGAAACAGCACAAGUACACCUUCAGACAGUGUUUUAGAGAUGAAAGCCCUGUGAAAGUGAUGAUGUUUUGUUUACGUCUCAGUUCGCAGACUGCAGUCCAAAGGAAUCCUGAUUCAGAUUUUUCCACUCCAUGAGAGGGAGGAACUUAAGAGACUGUCUUUUUCCUGGUUUGGAAAGGUGAAGCUGAGCCUGCAGCCACUCGGUAAGUGGAAGACGUACCAAACAAAUCUUUUUGUUCCUCUUCUGAAACCCUCACAUAGAUAAGAUCAGCCCAGAUACAUUUGACUCCUCUUCAUGCAGCACAAGCAAUUGAUUUCAAAUCCAAAGGGAACUUUUAGUUGUUCUUCUCACAUUGUUCCUCCCUCCAUAUGUUCAAGUACCUCUGCUUUCUGAAUUAUUGUGAUGCUGCUGCAGUUUUAAGAGCUGUUCUUCCUCUUCUUUUACAUUUAUGUUACUAUGCCAUAUAUCUCAUCAUGGUUUGUCAUUUUUGAUCCUGCUAACUUCUUUCAUUUCCAUUUUCUAACCACCAGAUGACAUCAGACACUACUUUGGUGAGGGUCAGGCCCUCUACUUUGCUUUUCUGGAGUACUUCACUUUUGCGCUGUUGCCGAUGGCUCUCAUUGGCAUACCUUACUACCUGUUUGCCUGGGAGGACUAUGAUAAAUAUGUCAUCUUUGCUGGCUUCAACUUGGUGUGGUGCACCGUCAUCCUGGAGGUAUGAAAAGCGACUGAACCUGCUUCUGAACAAAAAAGGUCCAAAACCCUCUGAACAGAAUCCACUUUAGACUUUAGACCACAGAUCAGAAAAUUUCCAGAACUAUGAUCAUCAUUUUCCACACGUCUGUAUAGGAAUCCUUUGUUUGGAUUGCAAUAUUCUGAUGGUUGUGGAUUUUUGAUUUUUCUGAGCUUUAAGCCAUAAUCUGUCGUAAAACUCAAUGAAAUUAAGUCUUUGAUCAAUUCUGUGCUAGAUUACAACAAUUGUUAUCUGAAGACACUUUCCAAGAGAGCAGAUGUAGGCCAAACUCUAUUACAAAGACCUAACCUCAAGAUGGGAGAAGAUUGAGUCCCAUCUAGAGCUAAGACCAUUCUUUACCUGUCUUGAACCGACAUAAGCGAAGCACUUUGCUGUAUUUAGUAUGUUACAGAGGCAAGGAAGUCUGGAAAUAUUGAGUGUGUGUGUGUGUGUGUGUGUGUGUGUGUGUGUGUGUGUGUGUGUGUGUGUGUGUGUGUGUGUGUGUGUGUGUGUGUGUGUGUGUGUGUGUGCGUGUGUAAUGUAGAAUAUCUGGAAGUUUUUGGUGUUCACUUUUUGAACCAAAUUGCAGGGAAAUUGAAUUUUUUCAGGACAUCCUGUUUAUUUAACUCUUGAAUAUGUAACAGUGGAGUGAAAGCUGAUGAACUGAUGAACUGAACUUUCCUUCACCAGUUAUGGAAGCGUUACGGCGCCACUCUUGCCUACCAAUGGGGCACACUGAGCAGGAAGAAGGCCUUUGAAGAACCUCGGCCUGCUUUCCAUGGCGUUCUUGGAUUAAACCCUGUGACAGGGCGUGAGGAGCCGGUCUACCCUACCGUUAAGAGGCAGCUGAGAGUCUACCUGGUGUCUGUGCCCUUCGUCCUGCUCUGCCUCUACCUGUCCCUUUAUAUCAUGAUGAUCUACUUUCAGAUGGAGGGCUGGGCGUUGAAGGUCCACGAUGAAGACCCAACAUUCUGGACAGGAAUUCUGUGUUUCAUUCCGAGUAUCAUCUAUGCUGUGAUUAUCGAGAUUAUGAACAUCAUCUACAGGCAUGCUGCUGAAAUCCUCACAGACUGGGGUGAGUAGAAGUGUUGGUAUUAUUGUCAUCAUGUAUGAAUUAUUUGCUGAUUCUGAAACUUAUGUAACUGUGAUGCUUUCCUCAUGUGAUCCUACAGAGGCAAAUAUUGUUGGGUGUGUGUGUGUGUGUAUAUAUGUACUACCUAAUUGCGGUUGUCACAGAUAUUUUUGUUGCUCUACCUGUAAACUUUUUACAUUCAUGAUAAAAUCAGUUAAAAUUGAUCACUGAUCAAUCAAAAAGUAGAGCAAAGCCCCCUAUACAGAGGCUACAGCCCUCGAUACACCGGCUGCUGGUUCAACUCCAGACUCUCCGGCAGGUGGCCCAGGUUGGAUUUUCAGUCUGCAGCCCCUUUCCUACAUUUUGGUCUCUGGUGGUUUCCUGCUCUGUCCACUGUCUAAGGCAGGGAGGCCCCCAAAAUCAUAUUGAGUCAUAGUUUUGCCUUCAUAUUGUAGUGAUUUGAAAUGAGCCUCACACGGUCGCACCAAAAUAUAUGUAGCGAUUUGAAAUGAGCCUCACAAGGCCGUACCAAAAUAGUACUGUAGCGAUUGGAAUUUAUAAUAAAUGUCUGAAGAUUAAUAAUCUCAAAUUAUGACAUUUAUGCACUCGUUGAAAGGGGCACCACCCACCCUUAAUGGUGGGAAAAUAAAGAAAACAAAAGUUUAAUUCAGAAAUCAAACAUCAAGUCAGUUUUAAUUAAUCAGUCUUAAUUAAUCAGUCUCAUAUCUUAAGUCGAAAUUCUAAUUUCAGGGACUCCACUUUUGGAAGAACACUAACAGACAGGAACUUAGAAAAAUAAUGAUCUGUUUAUUACAGGAUAAAUGAUGGUACAACACACAUGUAAUAAAUGAUGAUAAGAUAAUGAGGAUAAAAUAAUAAUAGGUGAAUAAAUAAAUAUUCUGAGUCAGACUAGGAGCACUAAAGUUAAUGAUAGUGAGUGAAUAUGCGCUAACAUAUUAACCUACACUAACUUUGGUGUCGAGAUAAACUCGGAUGUGGAUUUGGAGGAAUCUAAGAUCACCAGAAAUAGGUGGAUAUCUGAGUUAUGAACGCAUGAGACAGCACCAGCCCUCUUUAGAGCUCUGGAGGUUUGCAUACUUAAGUGAGACUGGUCCUUGGAGAAGAUGGAGCAGGUUCCGAAGGUCCGGGCUACUGGCGGUUCGAGCGGUUCAGCUCAGAAGACGACUGAAGUCAGCCGAAGGAUGAGCCAGGAGUUGCAGCACUCGGGCCCGAAGCAAAGCCAGCGCCUGUGGAUCCUGUGGAUGCUCGUUUGGGUACUUCUUUGGUCUCACUUAAAAACUCUGGCACAGAGGAUGACCUGGGCCUGCUGGGUUGCGUUCAGAGGUGACUUUGAAUCACGCAGAAAACUCAGAAAAACGAGGCUCAAAGAGCAGAGAAAACUUUCAAAAAUGGCUUCGCGAAAUUAAAGGAAAAUCAAUCAAAGGCUUAAUCUUGAAUUGCUAUGUGCACAAAAAGUUGAAGUUUCAAAACUUGAACUAAGACGAUGUUAAAGAAAAAUCUACGUGAAUCAACACGUGGCGUAAAACUUAGAAGACUAAGAAAAAGUUCUAAGAUAAAACAAAGAAACGCACCACAGAAGGGUGUGGGCAGAAAAGAAGGGCCCAAGAGUAAGGGGCCUAAGAGAGACAAGAGAGUCAGCACACAAGAGACAAGAGGAGCAUAAGAGAGAUAAGAGAUAAGAGAGCGAGCAACCCCACUCCACUGGUUUUAUCUUCUCACACUGGGAGUGUCUGAGGAGAAAGAGGAGGGGUCAUCGGGUCUCUGAUUAUUUGAUCUAACUUAUUCUUUUGGCUGGUAAAAGAGUCAGAUCUGAUACUCACUCACUAUGAUUAAUAUCAUUGAAUGCUGGGUUUCAUGAUAAAUAAUUUGAUACUAAACACAUAUGAAUGAAGUGUAGGAUCACAUCAAACAUUCUCAUUAUGUUUUAAGUAUCACAUUGAACAUGCUAAAUUACUCUGAAAUGAAACAGAUAGUAACACAUAGAAACUGUGAACAACAAAAGAGUACACAUGUGAAUGAACGUCAUCAUGAUUAAUAAUGGAUUCUAAAUACUCACAUUCAGAUUAUUCAGUGACAUUAUAACCACCUAAUGGUUAAGAUACUAAAUAAAUAACUAAAAUAUAAACCAAACAUUUCUAAACUAUUUCUGUUACUUAGAGUAAACUUAGGAUUCAUAGUCAAUAAAUUUAACUCUUAAAAGUUCAUGAAACAGUCUGAAAAGCUGUUGGUCUAAAGAAACUAAAGAAUAAAGGAUUUAUUCUGUCAGUGAUAACUUGGCUUCUGAAGCACAUAGAAAAACGGGAAACAUCUCAUUUUAACACAAAUUUCAUGAUUAGACAGAUUAGUACAUUGCUGAAUGCGUAAGAUGUCAUGAUCAGUCAUUUGUAUUCUUUCACCAAAGGAAUGCAGUCUUUAUCAGUGUAUGGUCGAGCAGGGUUUUACGACCGAGGUCUGGAGGUCAGUGUCCCCCCUUAUCCUGGGGUCCGUAUGUUCACACACUUUAAGACGCUAAAUCUCAAAUGGGAGAUCUGGGUUGAGACGUCAAUGUUUAUUCAGAUGGUCAGUAAUGGAGUCAGUUUGAAAGGUAAUAAAAACUCUGUCUCUGUUCGCCGAACUGACCAAUCCUGAAGAGUCAGAGGUUUAGUCAACCUCCGCUUGGGUCACUUAUUUAACCUGAAAGUGCAAACACGUCUGGAAAGAUUUAUAUCCUGUUUCCUGGGACCAGAUAAGGAAACUUUCCUGUAAGGAAUGUGUGGGUUUCACAUCCAGGGUUGUCUUGAUUGCUACAGUCCCCCCUUCGUCACGGUGGUCCUGUCCAUGGAGCAUCGGGACGACGAGUAGACAACCAUGAAGCAGCAGCAGGUGUAUGCAAAUAGGACUGAUGCGUCUCGUCAUCACUAUGUGAAUCACUAGUACUGCUUUGAGAUAAAAUUAAGCAUGCAUUAAGCUAUCAAAUAAAAUAGUCUUGUUGUUAGACUUUUCUCAGUUAACUAUUGGUAGACUAAUGUGAAAGAAAAUCUCCUAAUUUUCAGUAUUAAUGAGAUUUAGGAAAGCACUAUUUAGUCUGAAUGCUAACUGGAUCUAAAGAUAUAGCUGUUUUCCAUGCUUGCUGGAGAAGUCUGAAAGUUCAAUUUCAGUUUCAAAAAUGGUUAAGACUUAGGUGGAAAAGAAAUGUCUGCUAUAGACAUAUUAACCAUCUGUGUAUGAGCAUAGUCAACCUGAAUCACAAACAUCAAAAGUUUACUGCACAGAGUUUCUCUUAAACUUUGUCUGUUAAACUUGGGGAUGAUGCUCUUAUCGGUUUGACUAAUUAUCUGCUGUUGAGUCUGGAAUUUGUCAAUCUGAGUCUUAGUGACAGAAAUUUCAGCUUUUAAUGUGUUCAUGGGAUAUUUGACAGCUGACAAGCUGACCAUAUUGACAGAGGAGAGACAAAUGCUAACAAAGAAAGCAGCAACUGGUAUUGCAGUCAUCAAUGUAUCACCACAGCAUUUGGAUAUCUUAUUGGAGUCAUUUAGCUUUGGCUAGGUGACUUCUGCUUUUGCAGGACUCACACCUUCAUGACUCCGCAGUGUUAAUCUCAGUGGUUAGCUGAGUUGUCAUGUUUAUUCACCUUCAAAGUGGAUGAAACCGAUUGAGGUGGAUAAUAAGAUCGUCGUUUCUGAGAGUGUAAUUUACUCUGAUUCUGCCAGUCAUUCACCCCCCUUUGGCGGUGUUGAUGGUUUUUCCUUUGUCUGGGAUAAAACCCACCGUGACGGGAGUCUGAAUAACAACAGUUGGUCUCAAAGUUUACCUGGCAUUGGUCUGUAUCAGACCCGGGCCUUGGUGUGUAACUUUGACCUUUGUGAAUGUGUUGAGGUCGAAAAGGUUUUGGAGGCCUGGUUAACCACUCAUUUGGAGGCUUAUCGGAGCCUGAAAAUACACAAUCUGAAGCUUCGUUCAGCUCCAUGGGCAGUGAUUUUGUCUCCAUAGCCAACAGAGUAACAGGCUCUGCUUUCUUAGCCAAAGUUUGUCGUUGUUUGGCAAAACCUUUUACAGCAAGUUCACGAAGCUGUCGGCUAGUCAAAGUGUUUGGACAAGCUAAGACGCCAAGGUAAUGACUGGUGGUAGGGUGGAGGUUCUGGACGAACAGCGUUUUGAAGUUCAAGUCCUCCUCCAUUUCUGGUUCAUUUCGGAAACCAAAGUAAGCUUCGCGUAAGCGGUUAUAAUAAUGUUGGGGAGGUUCUGAUCUCCCUUGUUUAAUAGACAGAGCAGCAGAAAGGCCUGUCUGGGUCAAAUGAUCAGAAAACUCUUCAAUUAAUGCUUGGCAGAGCAAGUCAUAAUUAUUUCUGACAUGAUAAGGCUGUCGUUCAAGGAAACUGUUAACCUCUCGACUUGACGUUGCCUUAAUAAGGUAGAUUUUGUCAUCAGUGGUUGCACCUGGAAAUUUCCGCAGGUAAAAGUCAAUGUCUUUCAAGUAGGUGCAGGUGUCAGUAGCACCUUGGUGCUCAGGUUCAAAGCGUGCUAUGUUACGAGCAAUUUUGUCAAGAUCCCUGUCUGAGGGAGAUGGUAAGAAGCCAUCAUGAGGAGGAGAGUAGGACUCUUGGUUUAAGGAUGACCUCUCAGGGUCAAGCAGGGUCCUGUCAUGAUGCUGAGAGAGAUACUUAAGAGUUGGUUUGGAAGGAAGUGAUGGCGCUCUCUCAGGAGGCUGAUCACCUAUCAUUUCUUCAAGAAACGUUUGCUCCAUGCGUUCUCUUUGGGCUCGACCUGACUGGAGGGAGCAUUGUAACUCUCUUUGGGCAUCUUCAAGUUCUUUGUCUGUCUUUUCUCACUGUUCUUGACAAAGAAUUAACUGUCUUUGAGCUAUCUGGAGCUGGUGCUGUAAGGUAGAAGUUUGCUUCUCCUUAACUUCAAGAGCUUCAGCACGCACUUUGACCAGUGCUUUCAAAGCUUCUACAUCUUCUGUUGCUUGCUCUAGUAGGGAUUCUGACUGUAUCAGAUCCUCUGUGGUCUUAGCAAGCUGCUUAUUCGUGUCAUCAAGUUCUUUCUCCUUUUUAUAAAGGGUUUCAUUAAGUCUUUCAAUCUUGUCUUUAAGAUCAAGAUUUUCUUCAUGACUUAUCAGUGAGGGAAGCUUUAACGCUUCACAUCUGACACUGUGUUUUCCUAAAACACUUAUAGACUUCUUAGUCCCUUCUAGCGUCUUUUUCAGAGCGCUGUUUUCGUCUUUUUGCGCCUUUAUCUUUGCUAAAGCGCAUUCCAGCAAGUAGUCUUUAUACUCAAGCUGAGAAGACAUCAUGACAGACAUGCAUCUAGUGAGCUCUUUGUCACGAAGUGUCGUGGUUAAGGCUGUUUCCAGUAAGUCAGCCAUUUCAUCCUCCGGAUUGGAGGGUUUGGCCUUUUGAAUCUUAGUCAUGUACUGAGGUAUCAGCUGACUAGUCAAGUUUGCCAACACUGUGGGUAUGUCCCUCAGGGGGUCUCCCUGGCUGGACUCUUUUGUGUUAGGCAUGUUUGGUGUUGGUAAAGAGGUGAAGGUGGUUGGUUGAUGAGUUUGAGUUGACUUAAAAUGAAAGGAAGAAGCAAAAUAUCAAAUUAAGUGGGUUAAUCGACUUAAUUUAUCAGUGCUUGAUAAAGAGGAAGAGCCUAUCUGAGUAGAUCUCUAAUGGAGAGAAAAACCAUAAAGUUAAAUUCAUUUCAAUGAAAAUUGAAAUAAAACACGGUGAAAUAAUGUUAAAUUAAAUUUAACAUCAGAUACAGAACCACUGAAUAAAUGGUUCAAUUUGUCUCUGUGUUGCAGAGAUCAGCAAAGCUUAAAUAAACUGCCUGGUGCAGUUGGAUGAAUUUGAAAAAUCAAUGAAAUUGUCAAUUUAAGGAAUUAACUCUGAAGUUAAUUCACAAAUUGCAAUAAAUCCAAAGGUUCAACUACCAAAUCCAUCUGGAAUGUUAAAAGAAAUUUCAAAUAUUAAUUAAUUUGUGCAUUAAUUAAUUAAUCUUAUGAGGAGGGUUAAUACAUUCAUGUAUUAUAGGGAACAGUAAAACUGCUCAAUGAUGUGAUAAGUAACAACAAGAUCAGGUGAUUGAUUCAAGGAGUUACUUUAUCAAUACAUUAUGGAGGCUCUUAUAACAAAGAUAAAAAUCAAAAAUCAAUGAUCAAUGAUUUAGAAUAAGCACAUCAAACUUCAUCAACCAAGUCAAUCACUUGAAUUAUGUCUGUAGAGUGUUACGCACUGACUACAGAGAGGCAGUACAGCUAGCUGAUACUGCAGGCAGAUAAGUGUUAGCUCAAUACCAAAAGCAACCAUGUGGGGCAGUAUGGAGUUGGGAGAACUGCACAAGCAGAGAAGAAGAAGAAAAGAGGAAACAGUCAUCCAACUAGCCUCUUGUGGCUGUGUGGUGUUGGGAAGUCUGAAGGAAGGGGCCUUUAGGCUCUGCCUCCUUGAAGGGCCUUAUCUGCUUAAGGCCAAAAGGUCAGUCUCUCCACUGACAACAAAGGGUUAACAUUUCACAGCAGGCUGCAUCUGCACCCUCAAACAUAGAACUUUACACCAUCUGCUCAGGCAGAUUGGUUCAAUAAAAUCAUUUACAGGAACAAGAAUCGAAGUGACAAAUCCUUAAACAGCAGAUUCAACUGCGGACUUUAAAAUCACAAAUGCGGUGAUUUGUGGACACAAAUUUUGUCUCAAUUCAAUCAAACAACAACCUCCCACUGUUACAGUGGUUUCCUGUGACAGGUAGUUAAUCUGUCAGGGGAAAGGAGGAAAUCUGAAUCCCAUAUAAUUACUAGAACUUCGUAGCAGACUAUAGAGACAAGAAUCAAAGUGACAAAUCCCUCAAUAGCAGAUUCAACUGCAAACUUAAAAAUCACAAAUGCGGCAAUUUGUGAACACAAAUUUUGUCUGAAUUCGAUCAAACAACAACCUCCCACUGUUACAGUGGUUUCCUGUGACAGGUAGCUAAUCUGUCAGGGGAAAGGAGGAAAUCUGAAUCCCAUAUAGUAACUAGAAACUCGUAGCAGACUACAGAGACUUCAGGGGCUUGAAACCACAGCUCGGAGCAUCGCGAACACUGGGUUCAGCCAAAGGCCUUAAAUACAAGCGUACGGCGACGCAACAAUCGUGCACUUAAAUAUUGGACAGUCUAGACAGAGCAGAAGAAGCAGUCUCACUGCUACUCAGAACAACAUUUCACGCUGUCCAGCUCAAACACAGACUACAGGCAUGUAGUACAAAAGUGUGUGAAACACAGAGCAUAAAGGUUUUAUGCAUAGAUCAGGAAAACAUCAGAACUUAGUCAAGCAACUUCAGCAAGCAUAGCAUUGAUUGUGAUUAAGUCUAAAAUAGCCUGGAAAUAAGUUUCUCUCAUCAAUUUGGAAGGCUAAGUUUUAGGUUGUCUGUUAGUAUCCAGAAGUUUUGUUUGAAACGCCUCACACGGGGCACCAAAAUAUAUGUAGUGAUUUGAAAUGAGCCUCACACGGUCGCACCAAAAUAUAUGUAGCGAUUUGAAAUGAGCCUCACAAGGCCGUACCAAAAUAGUACUGUAGCGAUUGGAAUUUAUAAUAAAUGUCUGAAGAUUAAUAAUCUCAAAUUAUGACAUUUAUGCACUCGUUGAAAGGGGCACCACCCACCCUUAAUGGUGGGAAAAUAAAGAAAACAAAAGUUUAAUUCAGAAAUCAAACAUCAAGUCAGUUUUAAUUAAUCAGUCUUAAUUAAUCAGUCUUAAUUAAUCAGUCUCAUAUCUUAAGUCGAAAUUCUAAUUUCAGGGACUCCACUUCUGGAAGAACACUAACAGACAGGAACUUAGAAAAAUAAUGAUCUGUUUAUUACAGGAUAAAUGAUGGUACAACACACAUGCAAUAAAUGAUGAUAAGAUAAUGAGGAUAAAAUAAUAAUAGGUGAAUAAAUAAAUAUUCUGAGUCAGACUAGGAGCACUAAAGUUAAUGAUAGUGAGUGAAUAUGCGCUAACAUAUUAACCUACACUAACUUUGGUGUCGAGAUAAACUCGGAUGUGGAUUUGGAGGAAUCUAAGAUCACCAGAAAUAGGUGGAUAUCUGAGUUAUGAACGCAUGAGACAGCACCAGCCCUCUUUAGAGCUCUGGAGGUUUGCAUACUUAAGUGAGACUGGUCCUUGGAGAAGAUGGAGCAGGUUCCGAAGGUCCGGGCUACUGGCGGUUCGAGCGGUUCAGCUCAGAAGACGACUGAAGUCAGCCGAAGGAUGAGCCAGGAGUUGCAGCACUCGGGCCCGAAGCAAAGCCAGCGCCUGUGGAUCCUGUGGAUGCUCGUUUGGGUACUUCUUUGGUCUCACUUAAAAACUCUGGCACAGAGGAUGACCUGGGCCUGCUGGGUUGCGUUCAGAGGUGACUUUGAAUCACGCAGAAAACUCAGAAAAACGAGGCUCAAAGAGCAGAGAAAACUUUCAAAAAUGGCUUCGCGAAAUUAAAGGAAAAUCAAUCAAAGGCUUAAUCUUGAAUUGCUAUGUGCACAAAAAGUUGAAGUUUCAAAACUUGAACUAAGACGAUGUUAAAGAAAAAUCAACGUGAAUCAACACGUGGCGUAAAACUUAGAAGACUAAGAAAAAGUUCUAAGAUAAAACAAAGAAACGCACCACAGAAGGGUGUGGGCAGAAAAGAAGGGCCCAAGAGUAAGGGGCCUAAGAGAGACAAGAGAGUCAGCACACAAGAGACAAGAGGAGCAUAAGAGAGAUAAGAGAAAUCAGAGCCUGAGCAACCCCACUCCACUGGUUUUAUCUUCUCACACUGGGAGUGUCUGAGGAGAAAAAGGAGGGGUCAUCGGGUCUCUGAUUAUUUGAUCUAACUUAUUCUUUUGGCUGGUAAAAGAGUCAGAUCUGAUACUCACUCACUAUGAUUAAUAUCAUUGAAUGCUGGGUUUCAUGAUAAAUAAUUUGAUACUAAACACAUAUGAAUGAAGUGUAGGAUCACAUCAAACAUUCUCAUUAUGUUUUAAGUAUCACAUUGAACAUGCUAAAUUACUCUGAAAUGAAACAGAUAGUAACACAUAGAAACUGUGAACAACAAAAGAGUACACAUGUGAAUGAACGUCAUCAUGAUUAAUAAUGGAUUCUAAAUACUCACAUUCAGAUUAUUCAGUGACAUUAUAACCACCUAAUGGUUAAGAUACUAAAUAAAUAACUAAAAUAUAAACCAAACAUUUCUAAACUAUUUCUGUUACUUAGAGUAAACUUAGGAUUCAUAGUCAAUAAAUUUAACUCUUAAAAGUUCAUGAAACAGUCUGAAAAGCUGUUGGUCUAAAGAACUAAAGAAUAAGGAUUUAUUCUGUCAGAUAAGAUAACUUGGCUUCUGAAGCACAUAGAAAAACGGGAAACAUCUCAUUUUAACACAAAUUUCAUGAUUAGACAGAUUAGUACAUUGCUGAAUGCGUAAGAUGUCAUGAUCAGUCAUUUGUAUUCUUUCACCAAAGGAAUGCAGUCUUUAUUAGUGUAUGGUCGAGCAGGGUUUUACGACCGAGGUCUGGAGGUCAGUGUCCCCCCUUAUCCUGGGGUCCGUAUGUUCACACACUUUAAGACGCUAAAUCUCAAAUGGGAGAUCUGGGUUGAGACGUCAAUGUUUAUUCAGAUGGUCAGUAAUGGAGUCAGUUUGAAAGGUAAUAAAAACUCUGUCUCUGUUCGCCGAACUGACCAAUCCUGAAGAGUCAGAGGUUUAGUCAACCUCCGCUUGGGUCACUUAUUUAACCUGAAAGUGCAAACACGUCUGGAAAGAUUUAUAUCCUGUUUCCUGGGACCAGAUAAGGAAACUUUCCUGUAAGGAAUGUGUGGGUUUCACAUCCAGGGUUGUCUUGAUUGCUACAAUAUAUUAGCCCUCAAACAUCGGUAAAUAUGCUCUGCAGUGCUUAUUGGUUUUGUUCUAAGCAAAGUUGCGUAACCUGGAUCAAAGUCAUAUUUCAGUGAUUAAACUGUGCUGUGUGUGGAGUUUAAGAAAUGGUCCUCUGGAGGCAGCUGAAGUCUAAACAAUCAGCCUUUAUGUGUUCAUGUUUUUGGAAGGAAAGAGAAUGAGAUACUAAGUUUAUUUAAUCUAAAAUGAAAUAAAUAGUGCCAGACUUCUAUAAAAUGUUUUUUUUAGAUUCUCCUGCAUGAGAGACUUUUUGUGAAACCUGUCUUAAGGUAUGUGAGCAUGUACUUGACUCACAUACCCUCGACUUUCCGGUAUGUUAUGUAAGUUUGGUUGUACCUGUUUAGUUGAAACAUCCCUAAUCAUUUGAGUACACACUUAGAGGCUCCAAGGCUCCAGCUCAAAACCAUCUGCAAGCUGUCAAGAAUCCGCGAGCUGCAGAAUGAGCAGCUGGUUUUGGGAAAUUUUACAAAAGUAAGGAGUGUUGUAGAGGGUGUUUCCCAUCACCUGUAAAGAACAGCAUACCUGCAGGGCUGAUUGGUGCAGCACCAAAAAUGUAGCAAGCCUGACAGUUUGAGCCAUAGACUGUACAUAGAAUGGACAGAGUCUGCCUCCUCGCUGGGUGAAGCCACUCCGAGAACAGCACCCUCUGAUGGUGGGCUGCAGUAUAGGUCAUAAAUCCCGCCUCCGCCAGCAAAGCUUAUGGGGCUGUGGACCAACUUUAGACAUUUAUUACGCAGAACAUAAAUUUUUCUCCCCCCUGCUUGUGAUGUUGACAUGUAGUUACUGUAAGACUGGUUUGUGCUCAAGUCCUAUUUUUCUGUGAAGCUCCGUUUUUAAAAGUUAUUAGGGGGUUCAUGUUUUCUUUGAUUGACACCUGAUACAGCCUAUUGGCGUACAAAGAUUGGGUAGCACAACAUGAGAUCCACUUUUUCAGGGCUUAAAGUUUAUUGCAUUGUAUAACUGCAAAAGUGAUCAUAGAUUUAAGUCAUUAUGUAAAGAGAAUAAUGUGGCAGUCAAGUCCUACUCUUAGAAUAAAGUCAUUUCAAGAGUCGCUGACAAAUUUGCUCAUCAUUGAAUAAAAUAAUUCACAUAAUUCUCUGAGCAGAAAGACUCUUUCCUCACAGCAUAGCUACUGUAUCUUUUGCAGCAUCAUGUCUUCAUUCUCCAAACAUACCAACUCUUCUUCUUCUUAGCUUUGUUUUGUAUGUUUCUGUAUGAUGUAUGACAUUUGUCUAUUCUAUAACAUGUUCCAACAUUUUCUCAGACUUUUCAUCGUCAGGGAACUUUCAUGUGAAUUUCCUCAGUCAGAGAGUCAUUCCUCUGAUUAUUCAGACUGGAUGCGGAUCGCCAGUGAUGGGCUGUAGCCUCUUUUUCGAAAGAUGACACUGAAAUGGAAAAGCUGAAGAUCUCUGCAGCUCAUUUAUUUCUCUGAUAUCCUCCUGAUGUGUUUCCUUCUCUGUGUACUUAGAAAAUCACCGGCUGGAGUCUUCAUAUCAGAACCACUUGGUCCUCAAAGUAUUAGUGGUGAGUAUAAAUCAAGUUUAUGUUUCUGCUAACACUGGCAAUUUCAUCCCUCAGUGAUCAGAGUGAAGCUUUUUAUGACGACUGCUCAUUUAUCAUUUCUGUCUCUGAAUUUUUUCCACAUAGUUCAACUUCUUCAACUGUUUUGCUUCACUGUUCUACAUCGCCUUCGUCAUGCAGGACAUAGCGCUACUCAGACAGGUGUGCUCCCCUUCUUUACACUGUUCCCUUCACAUUUUCAAACCAAAGCCCUCAUGUUCCUCUUUUUUGUUGGAAUCAGAUAAAUGCGGUCGUGUUGGACAACCUGUUUUAUAUUAGAAGGUUGACAAAUUGUUUGCAGUUCAAAACUUUUAGACCCUGUUGUCAUCUAGACUACAAAAUGUAUACAGAAAGUACCCAAAUGGAAGUCCUGGGAAUACUUACGUCUUCUUUCCUCCAGUUGUUGCUCUACAAUUAUUACCUUCACUCUCAAACUUGGCUUAUUAUCCAUUCCGCACGUGUAUCUCCAGAGUCUGGCCACUUUGCUGAUCACCAGUCAGAUCAUGAAUCAGCUCAUGGAGGCCUUCCUGCCCUACUGGUUCCAACGGAGGCACAACAACAAGAUGAUGCGCAAACUUCGGAAGAGAAAAAUUCUGGAGGACAAGGAGCUUCCUUUGGUGGAGCAGGUUCGACUGGAGGCUGACAUGAGCACAUACGUGGUGAGUCCAGGGUCUGAGGUAUUUUCAUAUAGAGCUAGACCACAGUGACUUAACAUAUACUAAAGUAUCAGGUCUCUUGUGUGUGUAAAUCCACUUUUUUGUGUGUGUUUCUGUUUUGUUUUGUUUUUUUCAGGGUACAUUUGACGACUACCUGGAGUUGUUCCUGCUCUUUGGUUAUGUCAGUCUCUUCUCCUGCGUCUACCCUCUGGCUGCUGUCCUGGUGGUGAUAAACAACUUCACUGAAAUUUAUUCAGAUGCCUUCAAGAUGUGCCGUGUCUUCAAACGGCCGUUCUCUGAUCCAGCAUCCAACAUAGGAGUCUGGCAGGUGAGACGCACACAGGUCCUGUCCCCUUUUUUCCCCUUUGUAACUCCGUAACAGCUAAAGAUGAAAAAAAACUGAGACUUUUCUCUCUGCUGUAAUGAUCACAUCUAUCAUGAGCAUUAUCAAAUUAUACUGUUAAAGGCAGCAGGAAUAGCUUGGAGGCUGAUCUUUUGAAAACUCCUCUUGUAGACAUGCGUUCAAGAAACAGUGGUAUAGCAUUGGUUUAUGAAGAACACAGUUAAAGUUAAAGUUCCAGUGAUCCAAAGUUAUUACUCUGCCAAACUUUAAACUGAAAUUAACAAAUCAGAAAUACCAAUAAAAAUAAUGUGCAAACACUGUUAGAUCAAGAGUAGAAAGCAAGCAUGGACUUCACUCUAUUCUAGUCACACUCAGCCCAGCCCUCAGAAACGGUCUCUUAAAGCUAUCCCUGACUGUGGUCUCUCUGUGUUUCUGUGUGUCCAGCUCGCAUUUGAGGCUAUGAGUGCGAUCGCUGUUGUGACCAACUGUGCUUUGAUCGGCAUGUCUCCACAAGUUAAGGCCUACUUUGAUAACUCAGAGCAACAGCUGAUUUUCUGGACCGUUGGUAUUGAGGUGAGUCAUAUGACAGUGGUCUCUGGCUUGGUGUCCACUACGGCAGGGGCUAACAACUAUCCACACAUUGACCCAUUAAAAUAACAGAAAACACCUUCAAAAUUCACCAUGUGAUUUCUUAUAACAAAAGACAAAGAAUUACCAAAGAUCAACUUAGGAACAAAUUCACAAGACAACUAAGCACAAAGAACCAAAAGCACAUAUAUGAAGCAGCAGGGCAGCAGUUACCCAACCCUUUGCCUUGUCUACACAAGGCUCCUGGGUUUUAAACCCUCCGGACCAGGUAAAACUGAUUGCUGAUGACUGACUCUACCUGGGCAGAAUUGGGGGGGACAAAGGGGGGACAAACACUUACAAACAUAUAGCCGUAACAACAGACUGAUUUUAAACUGUCUCACGAGGUGCUACCAUAUCCCGACUCCAUUAUAUCCUACUUUAAUGUGGGUGCAUAUCAGCCUUGUAUUGUUCUACCUCACAGGUACUGGAUCAACAAUGGUACGAGAGCAAACAUGUCAAUCAAUGAAUCAAUCAAUUGCUUUUGCUGUUCAAAAGUGCAGGUGUAGAUCAUUCUCAUUUUCUGAUGUAUUACAAAAAACCAAGCUUAAUAUGGGAAAGAUGGGACCCAUCCCAUCUAACAUGAGUGACUGUGGUAAGGAAAAACUUCCCUUUAACAGCAGAAACCCUGAGUAGGACCAGACUGAUGUUGGUGCCUGGCGUGGCUGUGUUAGGGAGAAACACAGAGGGAGGGGGAGAGAGAGAGCGAGAGAGCUAACAAUAAUGGAAGAACAUGAGUACCGUUUACAGGGUCAGAAAAUGAGUAAUAACGGACUAUGUUAAGUUAAUUUAAGGUGAUUCAAGUCAGCAGGCCUAGUGGUAGGUAACUCUAGCUUUAUUAAUGUCGGUGAGGCUGAUGGUCAUGUCCGCAGCAACAGUCCAGAAGAACCUAAGAGACAAAGGAGCUCAGGGCCGGAGGCAGACAAUCAUAGAUGAUGCAGCUGGAGUCAGGCAGGUCCACAGCAGCCAACUGUCCUUAACAUUAGUCCAGAUUUAACCUAAGAGUUAACCUUCCCUGGGAAGCUCAGGGACACUCGGAGAGAACUGGUGAGUAACCUCAACAGGACAUGAAAAUCUAAAGGAGAGAGAGGGACAAACAGGAGCUCAGUGUGCCAGAUCCCCCAGCAGUCUAAACCUAUAGCAGCAUAACUAAGAGCUGGUUUACACCCAACCAGCCCUAACUAUAUCAAAGAGCAAAGUUUGAAGUCUACUCUUGAAAGUUGAGAGGGUGUCUGCCCCCCAAACCUCGAAUGGUAAAUGAUUCCAGAGGAGAGGUGCCUGGUAGCUGAAAGCUCUUCCUCCAAUACUACUUUUAGAGACAUUUGGUACAACGAGCAGACCUGCAGAAUAUGAGCAUAGUGAUCUAAUGGAAAAGUAGGGUAUUACUGACUUUUCAAGAUAUGAUGGAGCCUGGCCAUUAAGCGCUUUAUAUGUCAUAAGAAGGAUUUUAAACUCAAUUCUAGAUUUAAUCGGGAGCCAAUGAAGAGAAGCGAAAACAGGAGAGACGUGCUCCCUUCUUCUAGUUCUAGUCAGUACUCGAGCUGCUGCAUUUUGGACCAGCUGUAGAGUUCUUACAGACUUAUUAGAGCAGCCUGAUAAGAGAGAAUUUCAGUAAUCCAGCCUAGAGGUAACAAAGGCAUAGGCUAGUUUUUCUGCAUCACUCUGAGACAGGAUGGGUCUAAUUUUUGAGAUACUGCGUAGGUGGAAAAAAGCUAUCCUAGAGAUUUGUUGAAUGUGGGAGCUAAAGGACAAAUCCUGAUCUAAUAAAACUCCCAGAUUUCGCACAGUGGGACUCGAGGCCAGACUGAUGCUAUCUAGCAUAGCUAUGUUUUUAGAGAAUGCCCCUCUAUGGUGUUUAGGACCGAGAAUAAGGGCUUCAGUUUUGUCUGAGUUGAGCAUCAUAAAGUUAUUUGUCAUCCAAGAUUUUAUACCUCUGAGACAAGCUUCUGAUUUGGUAACCUGAUUUGUUUCUUCUGGCCUCAUGGAUAAGUAUAGCUGGGUGUCAUCCACAUAACAGUGGAAAUUAAUCGAGUACUUCCUCAUAAUUUUACCCAGAGGAAGCAUGUACAAGGUAAAGAGGAUCGGUCCAAGCACUGAACCAUGUGGGACACCAUAGCUGACUUUGGUGUGCACAGACAAUUAAUUAUAAACGUGGACAAACUGGGAUUGAUACGACAGAUAAGAUUUAAAUCAGGAUAAUGCCGUUCUUGCUAUGCCGAUUGAUUGUUCCAGUCUCUGUAGCAGGGUGUGAUGGUCGAUCGUACCAAACGCAGCACUUAGAUCAAACAGGACAAGAACAGAGAGUGCCUGAAGCCAGGUCAUUAGUCACCUUCAGCCCUGCGGUCUCCAUGCUGUGAUGGACUCUAAAUCUGGACCGAAAAUCCUUCAAUAAACUGUUGUUAUUAAGAAAAUCACAAAGUUGAUUCGCAACAACUUUCUCUGGGAUUUUAGAAAUGAAGGAAAGGUUAUAGAUGGGCCUAGAGUUAGCUAAGGUGCCUGUGUUGAGUACGUUUUUUGUGUUAGUGAGCCUGGCACUGCCCCCUAGUGGUUGAAUUGGCAACACAUGCAAACUGUGUGCUGCAGCUUUCAGUUCCACUUGGAUUCAUUGACAGCAGGAGUAGAUAGCUAUUAUGAACCUCUCCAAAGGGACUUACGUGGUGUGUGCGUAGAUGAAGUAAGUGCUGUUGUGGACUCGUUGCCUGUGAACAGAAUCUUUACAAGAAUGUCUGUAUCCAGACUGCCAUGUUCAAAGCCAUAUGUUAAGCUAUCUGUAAGCUAGAGUGUUAAUCAGCAGCUUACUACCAUGACUCAUGACUUUUCUGUUGAGUUGUCCUGUAACACCACUUAGCAUAGUUUAUUUUACUGCCCAGUUACUUGUCGUAUGAAUGCCCAUAGGAUUAGAGUUCUGUUGAGUUUGAGCUUCAUGCAGUCAUUAUGCAUUGCUAAUUUUGCUUAAUUGUAAUCAAUGUUUAUAUUCCUCUUAAUUGCUGUUUUCAAUCAGGAAUUACAAUUUCCCUAUUAAUCCUGCUUGUUACCUCCGCCAAGGAGGUUAUGUUUUCGGUAGCGUUGGUUUGUUUGUUAGUUUGUUUGUCUGUUAGCAACGUUACGGAGAAAGUUACAGACGGAUUGACCUGAAAUUUUCACCAGAGGUGCGUCUCGGCCCCAGGAGGAUCCCAUUAAAUUUUAGUGGUGAUCCGGAUCGCCUUCUGGAUCCAGGAAUUUUUUGAAGGAUUCUUUAUCAUUGUGAGAUAGGGCAAAUUUGGGAAUUUUUGCUUUUAACUCUAUAAAAAUGGCCAGAGUCUUUAGUAAAAAAUUACACAAAAGGAUCUCAAUGAGUUUUAUGAGGUGUCAAAGGUUGAUCCUGAUCCAGACAAAAUUCCGGAUACUGUGAUCCAGAACAGACAAAAAUAAGGGUGUCGUUGGAAUUUUCAAUGCUGCAAGAUAAACAAUGGGCGGCUCAGUGGUGAAGAUGGGCGGCACAGUGGUGUAGUGGUUAGCACUGUCGCCUCACAGCCAGAAGGUCCUGGGUUUUAAUCCGGGUCAGGGCAUUUCUUGUUUUAGGAACAUUAUGAACAGUGAACAUACCAGUUUAAACACAAAUAAAAGUUAAUAAAAGACACGUAACAGUAAAAGUUUUGGUGUGAAUCACAAUAUAAGGGGGGACAUGAGCUGCUUGGCGGAGGUCUGCGCUCGCUAAGUGCUUUUCUAGUUUAUUAUUAUGAAAGGUGUAGUUUAGUCAAUGUUUGCAGUUAACCCUCUGUUUGAAUCUAUUUAUUUCAGACCACACAUACACUCCCUCUCUGUACCCACCUAAUGGGUCAAAUUUAUUAAGACAGUCCUGCCAGAGUAUGCCAGCUUCAGCUGUUUGGAAGAGCACCAUAUUCUCUCAUGCUUUCUUAAUAACUGUUCCAGCAUUUUACUAUGAAGCGUGCUUCUGGCGUUUAACAGUUUCUGUCAAAGAGGAGCAACUGAGACAAGAAUGACUCGCAGUGAGCCUGAGGUAUCAUCAAUGAACUGAUCAAGUUGCCAAGGUCUAACUCUUAAGUAUGAACUAUCAGUGACGUUAUUCUCAAACACUGAAUUAAGAGCAGAUGAAUUGCCUCCUUGAAUUUAGUUACAGCACUUUCAGACAACCCUUUAGUUAGCACGGUUUUGUCAUGAGGAGAGUAGCCUGAUAAUACAAAUUCAGAAGUUACUAGGAAGUGAUCCAAUAAAAGUGGAUUUAACGAGCUGACUGACAAGGUCCGUAGGUCCGGGUACACACUGUGUAAACCAAAUUGAGUCUAACAGAGCGAAGAAAGCAUUGCCAAGGCUAUCAUUUUCCACAUCCUUAUAAAUAUUAAAAUCACCUACAACAAUGACCCUGUCUGCACUAAGGACUAGAUCAGAUAGAAACUCUGAGAAUUCAGACAAAAACUCAGAGUAUGGGCUGGAAGGGCGAUAAACUAUAGUAAAUACUAGUGGUCUCAUGGUCUUUGAGGCUGGAUGUGGAAAACUAAGUACAAGACUUUCAAAAGAAUUAUAAUCCAGUUUUGGUCUAGGGUUAAUUUGAAGACUGGAAUUAUAAUUAGCUGCAACUCCACCACCUCAUUCAGAGUCCUGAGGAAUGUGCACGCUUAGGUGGCUAGGAGGAGUGGAUUCAUUUGGGCUGUUCUAGCUGUUCUGCUCAAACAAGAGCAGCCUCAGACUGGAAGACCUGUAUCAACCACAGUUGGUGAAUGCGUCUCAUCCUGCUCCUCAGUGAAGUGAACAGUAGUCCAAAUCUGACUGCAACUGAAGGGGAGGCAGAUCAAAUGAGUGAUACGUGUGUAGAUGUGCAGUAAUAUGAUCUAAAACUGGCAGUCCGAUCCUGCUCACAGCCACACUUAGUUUGUCUUUUAGGGCUAAUGAGGAUCUUCCCUCACUAGGUGGAGCUAGAGUCCAGACCAGAUCUGCUGGGAUCUGUGACUAAUGGUGAGAGACAGAUAGGCAGGGGAAAAGAGAGAGGAGAGACUGGAUGAAAGAGUGUUGGGGGUUGAGAGAUGUGUGUAUAAGUGAGUACGCAUAAGUUGUUUUCUGCAGUGUUUGUUUCUGUCAACUCGUCAUUGUUCAAGCUUUCAUGUUUGUGUUAAAUCCAACAAUCCCCCUCCAGACCCUCCCUCCUGAGUCCACCUCUAUUAACAUUAGCAUCAACCUGCCCCUCUUUCCUCUGUGCUCUAUUCAGACAGCAUAAAUACAGAGAGAAACACAGCAAGCAUACACACCAUGCCUCCAGAGAAAAAGCUGAAAAUAACAGCACAAACAGAGAAAUGGAGUCGCUGUACUGAAGAGGCGGUUGAUGCUUCUUUAGGACAUGCAGAGAGAAAACAUUUGCAUGUUUGUGUUGCUUUAACAAGCUCCUGAGGGAUGAUUGCUCUAAGCAUCUCGUUAUUGUCUCAGACUGUAAAAUGCUCCAUAAAGCCGUACUGUACCUCACUGUGUGGUGGGUCUGUGCUGAUGCUGAGGCAGAAACUGGGUCAUAUUGAUCGUCUGCAUGGCUGAUUGAACGUGUGGUUUGCUCACACUGAGCUGAAUGAUAAACUCCUCUUCUGUUGGUGGGAAAGAUGUUCACAAUGUGUGGUUUUUCUUCUCCAGCAGCCAACAGGAUAAACUGAUUAAACCUGGCUUUAGAGGGAGCUUUAGGGGAGAGACAAAUGGACUUAUUUGGCCCCCUUUGGACUGUAUGAUCGGUGUUUUUCACUCUGUAACCCCUAUCUGAACAGACUGUCUUUAUUAUUAUUGUUUAAUCAUUAACAUGUGACACUUAAAGUCAGAGAUUAAUGCUGAUUUGUCAGUCAUUAUGAGCAACCAAGUGAGUUUGAGCAGAUCUUCAUUUUGCAGCAGGCUCUCUGGAGGCCUGUUUAAAGGAAAGUGAACAUGCCCCCCUGAGACAGCCACAGGUUCAAUGACAGUGAUCUUGUUUUUUAUUGAAAGCAGCUCGCAGCUUCUUACUUCACUGGAGGGUCUUUUUAUUCUCAACCUGACUGCUGAGGAUAGGGACUGCAGAGCUUCCCACAGAAAGUCUCUGCACCUGUACAGGUAGUGAUGGGGCAGGAGUUAGAGGGUGAGUUUGGUCAGUUUGGCCUACCUUUUAUGUUAACCAAAGUGUGAAAAAUGUACGGAUUUGAGCUCUUUUACCCCCAUACAUUUGAUCACAGGCUGCAGAUCUAACAAACCAUUUAGUCUUUUCAAGCUUUAUCAAAAUUUCCUAAGAUGCUAAGAUGUCAAGACUUAAGUUGUUUUUUGGUUAUGAUUUUGAAUGUUCUUGACUCUCACUAACAAAAGUCGUUAGCUCAUUAGCUCAUCCACAUGCUGGUAAUCGCGACAGCAUCUCUCUCUUCUCAUUCUGUCCCUCUGCUUAUCAGUCACACAGACACACACCUGCCUCCUCCUGCUCCUCUCUCUCUCCUCUCCCCUCGACACGUAUUAUUUUGCAUGUUCUUGUUGUGUCUUGUAAUAAUCAGUCACUGUUAGGACACGGUGUUACCUUCAGAGACCUGUUUUCCUCUGGUUUUCUGAGCCUGUUUGUGCUCACAGAGGGAAGAUUUCUUUUCAUUGUUACUUUGAGUGCCGUCCUCAGGAAGAACUUGUUUUAACCUCAAUGCCGGUAGGACUGUUGAAUGAACUAAAUCAUUAACAUUCCCUCUGACACGCCUUCAUUGUUUGGUUUUAGUUUGACGUCCAGACUGUUAGAGCUGUGGGAGCUGUGGGCUUCUCUUUCUCUUUCUGCUGUUGAUUAAAACUUUGGUCGAGUGGAUGUCAGAAGUCCUGCUCUCUGCAGCUUACAGGGAGCAUGCCACCUCUCAUCCAUCUCCACCUCCUUUAGACUGUCUCCUGCGCAGAGAGGAAGUGAACAUGACUUUUUAUAGCAAUAGUCUGCACACUGGCCCUAGGGAUGAGUUCCUCUCCCUGACUUAUACUCUACCCCCUUCACCUGAACAGGGAGAGGUGGUGCCCUGGUGAGCACAAGAAAAAUGAGGGCAGCUCACAGCAUGUGUUGAGAUAUGACUCUCUUCUGUGUGAGAUUUGUGUGUCUGCACUCCGUCCUGCUACAGCAUCCUGGACGUUUGUAUGUGCUCUCAGAGAGUGUUAUAGAUGACGUGACUGGUCCCUAGAGGUCAAGCCAAGGGAUCCCACACAGAGUCUAUCUCCUCUGUAUUAACAGACCAGACAUUAGUCAAACUCAAAAAUCUAAACAUUUUUCAAACAUGUUAUCUUUCAAAGAUGUUCAAUUUUUCAGGCUGAUUUACAUCCAUGUGUUCAUUUUUCAGAGAAGUUUAGUUUUGAUUUUUUUUUUAAUUACUGCUAUUAAAUGAGUAGAAUGAUUUGAUUGACAGCUCUGUAGACAAAUGCUUCUCCUGUGGUGCUGUGUAUCCCAGAUUAGCAGAAUUGAGAGGCGUGAAAACAGACUUAAUACUGACUCACACAACACAAGAGUCAUUCAACUUAUUCAUGACUUUGAGCAUCUGCUUCAGACAAAAUCAAGAAGAUGUUUGGUUGGACUAAACCGAAGCUGCACACAAUCAGCCAACUCAACAGUUUUUCCCUUCGUUGGCACCAAACAUCACAAGUUGGUUGAGAAAAUGUUUAAUUUUGAGAGUAGACCAACUACCUGCCACCAGCCUGGGGUGUGGCUCUUUAGCCGACAUGCUUCAAUACUCUUCAUGUGUAUGUUAACAAGCACAGAUGACAGAUGAAAUCUCACCAUGUAGCAAAGUUUGGUAGUAAUUCCAUCAAGGAAAUGGAGACUGAGGUUAUAUGUAGGUUUUGUCUGGUAGAUCCAGCAAUGGUUUGGCCAAAGCGUUGGGUAGCCAGCACAGGCAGGUGGAGGUUAACCAUAGACCAUAUAAAACAUGAACGUAGCCUCAGUGAUGUCAACCACUGGAUUCACCUAACAGGGGGAAAAGAGGUGGAGUUGAGGCAAGCCUUUAGCCUCCUUUUCAACAGCUACAGUGUCCCUUAGUUUGCAAAACGAAAUGUUAUGAAUAUAACUUCUGUUCCCUUUCAGUCGAUUCACUCGGUACAACACUCGGUAGUAUGGGAUAUCACACCCCUGCAUGGCCUGACUGAAGACACCUUUAAUUAUGCCUUUAUGGCAAAUGAUCUGUGGGACGGGUGGGAGGCUCCUCCUGCACAUAUACAUGUAGCAUCACAGUCAUCCUUCAGUUCGAUAGCCGCUCUUCAACGAGCCUAGGUGCGCAGUGGGGCGACCCAGUGUUGUACCUCAUUCCUCUCCUUCAGGGAACAAAAGUUACAUUUAUAAGAUUCCGUUCCCUUUCAGUCGAUUCACUCAGUACUAGAGAUGGGCCGAUACACUUUUUUUACAUUCCGAUCCGAUCUAUUACAAUUUAAUUGUGCCGAUACCCGAUCCAUACCGAUACAGUAGGAAACAUAGUAAAACAUAAAAAAACAAAAAAUUAUCAGUUUCAAUCCAUUUAUUAAAUAGCGUUGCAACAACCUGAGUACAAUAUGUAAUGGCAUGGUAUGCUCUGCGACUACAUACAACUUCAAACAGGGCAGACAAUGAACUUGAGACUAUUUUGGCACCUAACAGAAUGGCAGGAUAGGUUUGAGAAUGUUGUGCAGAUGUGAGGAAAGCGUUAACACACACAACUCUUCUACUGCAGCCUCUGGGCUCCACUGUAACUGUACAAGGACCUUAAAUAUCUCAACACCACAAAAACAAAGUCAAAUGACUAUAUAAACUCUUAAUAGCAGAAUAUCAGCCAGGUUAUAGCAAAUAAACAAGUCACUUCCUGGCAGCGCACAUACUUCACUGAUGGUCAAAUAGAAAAAGUGGCAACUAUAUUUUUAACUCAAUAUAUUCCAGUGCAAUAACGGCAGUAGAAAAACAAAUCAGAAAAUACCUACACUUUAUCAAAUAAAACAAUAUGCAUACUAGCUGCUUCCUUCCUACCUUGGUCUGUUUUAAUGCAGCAGCCAGCUAACACUGUUAUCAAACAACAUCUCAGGUUAACACAAACCUGGUAGUGCAAAUGAGUACAAAUGUGUCAACUCCUUAAAUUUUAAAUUUCAAUAACAGAAAACAAUUCACCAAAAAUAAAUACCUACAAAUGAACUUAAUAAAACAUACAGUAUAUUGCUGCUUCUUAAAAUUAGAUACAACAAAAUAAAUGAAACUGCUGUAGGUCAAGAUCUGUUCUGUUAAUGCUGCAGCCAGAAGAAAAACAAAUCAUACCUUAUGGUGGCUUGUUUAAAGUUCAGUACAGGUAUCAUGUUAAGUUAAGGACCUGGAUUGACCCAAUUAAGACACCAGAAGAUCGACGGCAGAAGGCAGCACUAAACAGUCUCGCUUUCAACUGAGGUUAAGGAAUCGUGCUGCAAUGGCAGCAACUGUAGGAAAGCUAUCAUAGUUUUUUUCCCAGUACUGGAAAGGGGACUCAGAGCGAUCAAUGUCUCUCUCCUUCAAGUAUUUUUGCAUUUAUACUAGAGCACCAUCACUCUGACUCCCUGUUCCAGCACGAUCACCUUUCUCUGCCAGAAUUUCAUCAUAUAGGGCCAUGAGGGUGCUCUUCUUCUUGGGUCUGCCCUCGCUGUCAGCUGGUCUGCCCUGGCUGCUGCCAGCUGCUUCUUCCCUGCGAGGCACCUUCGCUGCUGGUCCAACAUCUUCUGGCUCAGUUUCAGUAGAUGCUGCUGGCUCUGUUGAAGCUGAAGCUAAAGAUGAAGAAAAGAUUAUAGUUCAUUAAAUUAUACAAUAAAACAUGACAAAGUACACAAUGCAUAUGCAUUAAAAACUAAUUGAAAACAAUGUAAAGUGCAUUUCCAUAACAUAGGAACAGUGGUCAUAAGCUGUAGGUAGUGAAGCGAUUAAACAUUUCUUUAUUUAAAAUAUCCACUGUAUUUGGCACAAAUGAAGACUUGUAGCACUUUUAAAAACACACAAAUAAUAAUGAUCAAAAAAUGCCUACCUGGUCUUGCUGCUCCACCAUUCAGCAACUCAGGCUCCACCUUCCUCAUCUCUUGCAUCAGAGCAUCCUUGACUCUAUUGGCUGUGACAGCAUCUGAGAAGAAUCUGACACAAAAUAUAAAAGGUUGAGCGAAACUAUGUUUUUAUGUAGUUAAGCAGUAAGCAAGCACGAGAAAGGCAGGCAAGUGUGAAAAUAAACAUGUUCCACUUUCAACUUAAUGUGUAAAUACAAUUCUCUCUCUGUCAGAGUAUUGAUAAAAACAAACACACACACUCCCUCUCUCUCUCACUCACUCAAAGUCUCAUACACACACUCUCUCUCUCAUCAACACACACACAAUCACUCUCUCUCUCACUCUCUCUCUCACACACUCUCUCUCUCAUCCACACACACACACACACCCACUCUCAUUCUCUCUCUCUCUCUCUCUCUCACUCAGUCUUACACACUCUCGCUCUCUCAUCCACACACACACACACACACACACACUCACACACUCUCAUUCUCUCUCUCUCUCACUCACUCACUCACUCACUCACUCACUAACUCUCACUCUCUCUCUCUCCCUCUCUCUCCCUCACUCACUCACUCACUCACUCACUCACUCACUCACAGUCUUACACACUCUCUCUCUCUCAUCCACACACACACACUCAGUCUCACUCUCUCUCUCUCUCUGAGUAUUGAUCAUACAUUGCAAAAGAAACAUGCUGUCUUACCUAUCUUUGUAGCGUGGGUCCACUAAAGUGGCCACAGAGUAGAGGGGUUCAUCUUCUGCGCUUGUGAAUCGUCCAUUUACAGCAUCCAGAAGGGUCUUUUUCAUUGUCUUAAUUCCACUGUCUGCACUGGUCUCUUGGAGUGAUCUCUUCAACGUGGCGAUGUCGGGGAUGAUGUCAGCUAAAGUGGAGGUCGCUAAGCUAAUAUAAACGGUGUGUUUCCUGACCCAGCUCUUUUUGUAUGUCCUCCAAGUAAGACUGUGCAUGUGGUGAAUGUUUGAAGUGUGUGACGCUUCUCAUUCCAUUUGCAAUGGCAUCAGUCACACUUCGUUGUGAGAGGAGUACCUCGUGAACCACUAGUUGCAGUGUGUGCGCGAAGCACCCCAAACUAUUAACAUGCAGCUCAUCCAUCGCUUUUUUCAUGUUACUUGCGUUGUCUCGAGUAACAACGUGUGCUCUAGUCAGCGGGAUCUUCCACUUGUCGAGCAUCUCUUCCAUUGUGGCUUUAAUCAAGUCGGCGGUAUGGGAUCCCCUGCACUCCUGUACAUUCAGCACUGCGCUGUUAAAAGCGUAGGUUUCAGGAUUCACCCAAUGCACAGUGAGACUGAUUAGCGGCAUUGGGAUAACGCUGGCAGACCAGAUGUCAGUUGUAAAACUCAUACAGUUACACCAUUCAACUGCUCUCUUUAAUGCGAGGACACUCAGUUGUACAGCUCUGGGAUGUAGACCGUUGAAAUGGUUUUCCUGCUUGGGAUAUGAUACUUCGGCGCGAGGUAUUCAAUUAGGCUGUGAAAGCCAGUGUUUUCAACAACAGACAGAGGCUGAUCAUCCAGCACAAUGCAAUUGAUCACGUUCUCUGUGAUCUUUAUAGCCGUCAGGUCAUCACCUGGAAGUUUUUCACGCUUUUUGAAAGAAGCCUCGAUCCUCUGCUGUGUGUUGUUGGUUAGACUGGAGUUGUACCAUCUCCUCGUGUUCUUUCGUGUGCUUACUUUUUAGAUGCUUGAUCAAAUUGGUGGUAUUGUACGUCAAAACGCUCUUUCCACCCCUCGGAACCAUGGCUUCACACACAUUGCUCUUUGUGUGGCUACUUUUUGGCGUCUCAAUCGAAAAGAAAUUCCACACUUGCAAAGCCAUGCUGCGCUGCUGCUUUUUACAACCAAAACACCCCUCCUCCCUCUUUUCUGUUCUGCCAGUGUGCUUGCACGGCGCUGUAUGUGCGUCACCACAUUGACUACGCCUCCUUCACAUGCUGUGUGUGAGUGAAGGAAAGCUGCAGGCUGCAGCAUAGGCCACAAUUUGUUUAAUAUCGGAUCGGAUGUAAUGCCCCAUGCUCCGAUACGUUCAGAUCUGUAAAUUAAUUCAGAUCGGCACCCGAUACCGAUCUAAUAUCGGUAUCACUACUCAGUACAACACUACUCACUACUCAGUACAACACAUAUAGUUUGGGACAUAUAUACAUGCCCCGCAGAGCAGCCACCGAACCGGAGUCAAACCUCCAAAACUUUAGUGCAUUGUAGACCCAGCAAAAAAGGACAGAGUGAGCCACUGAAGGGGCUGUCCCAUCCAAACGAUAAAACCGAACAAAAGUGUGCGGUGAUGACCAACUGGCUGCAGUGCAGAUAUCACUCACAGAAACCCCUUUAACAAGGCCCAUGAGGCCGCCAGUCCCCUGAUUGAAUGAGCCCUCACAACUUGGGGUAACGGAAGACCCCUGCUGCUGUAUGCUAAAGAGAUAGCUUCCACAAUCCAGUGGGAAAGCUGCUGUUUAGACAGUGCCAUGCCCUUGGCUGGAUUAGCAAAACAGACAAACAACUGGUCACAUAAACGCACACUCUGAGCGUGGUCUAUGUAAGUGCGUAGUACACGCACAGGGCACAAGGAAUGCAACCUCCUCUGCUCCUCAGAUGCAAAUGGAGGAGGGCAGAAGCUCAGUAGUUCAAAACUCACAUAGCUAUAUAGAGGAGAGGAGAAACAGACUGUUCCACCAGACACAUAGCCUGAUAUGUCUGAAGCAUGGUGAUGGAGCUCAGUGCACGAGCCGUACUUGCCUGUGUCCUGUAAAUCUUAUCCAGCUGUGAUGCUGAAAACUUGCAGUGCUUGGAUGAGAGCUUGAUGGGGCCACCGACACCAUAAUUUUGGGUCGGGGUCAGAUAGGCCACCAGGGACGCCUCCAUAGGCGUAGGGUUCACCAAACAAGCUUUUUCAGUUCCAUCCAGGUCCAGAAACUGUCCACAACUGGGCACUGUGGUGCAGGUGGACAGUGGCUUGUUCCAUGUCAGGGUUAGUUCUGCGACAAAAUCCGGGAACAUGGGCAAACUUUACAUGGGCAAACUGAACAUGGGCAAACAAAGGGGACCUGCCACCAAAAUUUCAUACCCAUUUUUAUCAAUUUUUCAUAAUCCUUGAUGUCCUCUGAUCAUGUUUGCAACAUAAUUUUAGCUGAAAAGUUAUUUGAUGGUUUGUUUUAGUAUGCCUAAAAAACCUUACAGGAAAACCAACUGGUUUUGGCUCAUUAACAUUUAUGGUAAUGAGCUUUGCUCUGAUUGGAUCGCUGCUGUGAAGCCUGCUGUGCUCUGAUUGGCUCAGCAGUGGAGGUUCGGAUUUCGGUUUAUCCACUGUUAUUAUGCUAAUGCUAAUAGCAUAUGCUAAUGUGUGCUUAAGUAAGGUGCCCAGAUGUCUGUAAUGAUAUCCGGGGAUAUUCGGUGCGGCGGCGGUGGUGCAUGGGCUGCAGGGGCUGUGUGAUCACAGACAAAGUCUCGGUACUAUUUAGUAGCAGCGCAUGCCCCUUGUAAUAACCCCGUAAGAACUGUUGUUCAGGACUGCUAACUAAAUUCGGCUACUGUAAUAACGUUGUUCGAGCCCACACGCAACAUUUUUGCUCUCAUUAAUGAAACGCUUAAAUCUGGGACAUUUUCAGGGACAGCUUUUGCCGGGGACAGGUCAUCCAAUACGGGGACUGUCCCCGGAACUCGGGGACGUCUGGUCACCUUAUGCUAAAGGCUAAAAACGGCAGGUAUUAAACCAUAUAUUUUAGACCCCGAGUCCGAAGAGGAGGUGGAAGUUGAGGAAGAAGCCGGAGAUCUCCAGCGGUGUUUUCUCAUUCAUUCUGCCCGGCUUUAAGUUCAUUUUCCCGGCAGUGAACCGAAGGAAACACCGAUCGUUUGGAAGAGACCCAUAGCGGAUACAGCGGUAGCUGGUAGUGGUGUGUCGGUCUUGAAUGAACGGAUCAAAAGAACUAGUUCUUUUUGAUGAACGAAAUGAACUAGUUCUCCCCCCCUAAAUGACCCGUUCAAUACGUUCAGUUCUUUUGAUUGGCUGAAGAGGGACUGCUUGCCUGUCUUAUCCUAUCGUCGCGCCUCGUUCUGUGUGUGGGUGGGGCUUAGAGAAGCAGCAGCAGUACUACUGAGCUGACUGAAAGACCGGAAUGACCGAGUUGACUGAAAGAACGGGUCAAAUGAACGAAAGACCUAGUUGACUGAAAGAACGGGUCAAAUGAACGAAAGACCUAGUUGAACGAAAGACCCAGACCGAUGAACGAGUUGAACGAAAGACCGAGUGAACGAAAGAUCCAGAUGGAUGAACGAGUUGAACGAAAGACCGAGUGAACGAAAGAUGCAGAUGGAUGAACGAGUUGAACGAAAGACCGAGUGAACGAAAGACCGAGUUGAACGAAAGACCCAGACCGAUGAACGAGUUGAACGAAAGACCGAGUGAACGAAAGAUCCAGAUGGAUGAACGAGUUGAACGAAAGACCGAGUGAACGAAAGAUGCAGAUGGAUGAACGAGUUGAACGAAAGACCGAGUUGAACGAAAGACCCAGACCGAUGAACGAGUUGACUGAAAGACCGAGUGAACGAAAGACCCAGACGGAUGAACGAGUUGAACGAGAGACCGAGUGAACGAAAGACCCAGACGGAUGAACGAGUUGAACGAGAGACCGAGUGAACGAAAGAUCCAGACAGAUGAACGAGUUGACUGAAAGACCGAGUUGAGUGGCCGCCGCACGAGGCCCGACAUAUGAGCCGGAGCGAGCGGGACAGUCACACACACACAAAGGCACACAGCUGCUGCUGCAGCCAGAGGCAGAGAGACAACUAUUAAUAUGCAUUUGCACUGUCUGUUGACAUUUUGUACUUUUUAUUAUUGUUUUUAAUGCACCUCAAAAUAAUAAAAAACCAUUAAAAACCUUAUAUAUUUUGUUACUCCUACUAUAAUUUUAUAGAGAUGAGAUCGCAGCAGUGAGAUCGCAGCGUUGGACCGGGGUGGGAAGUGGAGAGUGCAGCGGUCACAGCGUCAGACCGCGGGGGGGGGACGAGCGGAAUGACAAAUGACUGAAAUGACCGAAAAGAACGAAAUGAACGGGUCUUUUUACUGAAUGACCCGGAAUGAUCCGGUUCACUGAAAUGACCGGUUUUGCCCACCACUAGUAGCUGGGUCUCGCUCUGGCUGUGACUGAGUACGAGAACGAGAGAGUGGGCGCGGCUCACCGAGGACGCGCUCGUGAAUAAUAAUGAGCAAGGUCGGCGCAACGUAACACCGACGGGCUUUUUCAAUUGGCCUGGUUUACUCGUUCCUUGAUUUUAAACCUUUACAGAAUGCAAACGACGUAACGGUUUGUUUUCACAUGUACAACAUAAGACGAACAUAAUAUGGACCUUAUAUGACACAAAAAACCCCAAAAAUUACAUUUUUAUGGCAGGUCCCCUUUAACUGUCGUCGGUUAGGGUGGGAGAAAAAAGGGCCAUUCUACUUACAGUUUCUCAGCUGCACGGCGGUACAGUGAGAGGAAAGGAUGUGUUGUCCAGGUCAACUGGUGCAGCAGUGGCGGCGAACUGACCCGAAGACAACGGCUCCUGCUCAUCCUCCAAAAGCCCUGCACGUCCAGGCCGAUGUCCAGCACGUCAUCGUCCUCCUGGUAACAGGCUAGCCCGGAUAGUAGCUGGCCAGCGCCCUCGGAGGGGCCUGGCUCAAAUCCAGCUGACCUGCCCAGUUUCCAACUGAGCCUUUGACCAGGAAAUCCUCACCGCCGUACUCUGCCUUUUCAGGGUUUAGCUCCGAAGGCGGUGACAAAACUCACAUGACUCGGGCUCAGUCAACGCCAUUCUGGCAUGGACAAUCCCCAGGCAAAGGGGGCAAGCCUCACGGAGAUCUUUUUCAUAAAGGGAGAAGCCGCACCCCUGAGGACAGGGGCAAACAGAAGACUUUGCCUUCACUUUUGUAGGCUCAGUGCUCAUAACAAGACACAGAAAUCGAACGAAAUUAGCGCUCUGCAGGUAGCCGCAGGCUAACACCAACAGGGACAGUAAAGCUAAAAUCGAACAGGUAGUUGCAAGAGACAAGACCAAGCUAAGCUAGCAGCAGCAGCUAGUUAGCCCAACUCAGUGGAGGUGUUCUCAGCGAGGUGAAGAGCAUAAAAACUGAAGGAUGACUGUGGUGUUACACGUAUUUACAGUGCAUCCAGAAAGUAUUCAUACCACUUCACUUUUUCCACAUUUUGUUAUGUUACAGCCUUAUUCCAAAAUGGAUUAAAUUCCUUUUUCCCCUCAAAAAUUCUACACAAAAUACACCAUAAUGACAAAGCGAAAAACUUUUUUAGAACAUUUUGCAAAUUUAUUAAAAAUAAGACACUCAAAUGUUGCAUAUACAUAAGUAUUCACACCCUUUGCUAUAAAACUCUAAAUUGAGCUCAGGUGCAUCCUGUUUCCACUGAUCAGCCUUGAAAUGUUCCUUCAACUUGAUUGCAGUCCACCUGUGGCAAAUUCAGCUGAUUGGACAUGAUUUGGAGCCACACCUGUCUAUAUAAGAUCCCACAGCUGACAGAGCACGUCAGAGCACAAACCAAGCCAUGAAGUCGACAGAAUUGUCUGUAGACCUCUGAAACAGGGUUGUAUCAGUGCACAGAUCUGGGGAAGGUUACAGAAAAAUAUCUGCUGCAUUGAAGAUCCCAAAAAGCACAGUGGUCUCCAUCAUUAAGAAAUGGAAGACGUUUGGAACCACCAGGACUCUUCCUAGAGCUGGCCGCCCAGCCAAAAUGAGCAAGCGGGGGAGAAGGGCCUUGGUCAGGGAGGUGACCAAAAACCCGAUGGUCACUCUGACAGAGCUCCAGCGUUCCUCUGAGGAGAUGGGACCACCCUACAGAAGGACCACCAUCUCUGCAGCACUCCACCAGUCAGGCAUUUAUGGUAGAGUGGCCAGACAGAAGCCACUCCUCAGUAAAAAGCACAUGACAGCCCGCUUGGACUUUGCUAGAAGGCACCUGAAGGACUCACAGACCAGGAGAAACAAAAUUCUCUGGUCUGAUGAAACAAAGAUCGAACUCUUUGGCCUGAAAGCCAAGCGUCAUGUCUGGAGGAAACCAGGCACCGCUCACCACCUCGCCAAUACCAUCCCUACAGUAAAGCAUGGUGGUGGCAGCAUCAUGCUGUGGGGAUGUUUUUCAGCAGCAGGAACUGGGAGACUUGUCAGGAUCGAGGGAAAAAUGAAUGCAGCUAAGUACAUCGAAAUCCUUGAUGAAAACCUGCUCCAGAGUGCUCGAGACCUUCGACUGGGGUGACGCUUCAUCUUCCAGCAUGACAAUGACCCUGAGUACAUGGCCAAAAAGACAAAGGAGUAGCUUCAGGACAAGUCUCUGAAUGUCCUUGAGUGGCCCAGCCAGAGACCAGACUUGAACCCGAUUUAACAUCUUUGGAAAGACCUGAAAGUAGCUGUGCACCAACGCUGCCUAUCCAACCUCACUGAGCUUGAGAGGAUGUGCAAGUAGGAAUGGGAAAAACUCCCCAAAUCCAAGUGAGCUGAGCUUGUUGCAUCAUACACAAGAAGACUGGAGGCUGUAAUCACUGCCAAAGGUGCUUCAAGUAUUGAGUAAAGGGUGUGAAUACUUAUGUAUAUGCAACAUUUGAGUGUUCUUAUUUUUAAUAAAUUUGCAAAAUGUUCUAAAAAAAGUUUUUCGCUUUGUCAUUAUGGAGUAUUUUGUGUAGAAUUUUUGAGGGAAAAGGGAAUUUAAUCCAUUUUGGAAUAAGGCUGUAACAUAACAAAAUAUGGAAAAAGUGAAGUGGUAUGAAUACUACUUACCGGAUGCACUGUAUGUGCAGGUGGAGCCUCCCACACAUCACCACAGAUCAUCUGCCAUAAAGACGUUAAUAAAGGUGUCUUCAGUCAAACCGUGCGGGGGCAUGAUAACCCAUACUAUAUGUGUUGUAUCGAGUGAAUUGACUGAAAGGGAACUCAAACUUUCAUAUCUAAAUGAAGUUUAUCUUUUUGAAUGGCUGUGUAUUUAGCAAUUAGUGCUUUUGUAGCCAGCCUCAAGUGGACACUUGAAGAACUGCAGUUUCUAGCAUGUCUGAGUAAUUUCUUGAGGCCAGAGAUCUUCCCUAAACAUUUUCUGACAUAUCCAAGUGUUUUCUUACCUUUUAUACUAGUCUACUCAUUUGGAUGGGGGUUUCCAUAAAAAAAAAUAGGGAUUUAGCAGCUUAGUAGUAUCCCUGGUCUGCACUUAUCCAUGAGCUCUUUGCUGUUUUAGUGUGUGUGUGUGUGUGUGUGUGUGUGUGUGUGUGUGUGUGUGUGUGUCUAUUUAAUCAUGAUUAGGACAUCUAUACCACCAGAGGAUCCUUUUGUGGCUAAAGCUUCACAGAUGAGAAGACUGACUAUGGUUCCCAGGUUCAAAGAGUCUUCACUGAAAAUCACUGAACAGAAUUAGAAGGUCUCAUGGUUAUGUAGCAAUCCACACAAGGCCUUUUUUAGCACAACAAGGUAAUGAGGUAAUGUACCAACAUGUCAUCGUUAGAGCACCAUCAUGCCUUUACCUUUUGGCGCAAAUCUCACUAAACACAGGAAAGUCCAAAUACCUGCCAGGCCUGUGCUACACCUCCCAAGUGUCUGCAGCUUUGGGAAGCUAAACAAUAAAGACUGUCAUGCCAAAAACUCACCAAUAUUGGUAACGGUAUGUUGACACAUACCAACGGACAAAUUUAGUUGAAACUGAAACAAAUGACAAAUAAAACCGAUUACAAAUAAGUAAGAUCCAAUACUUAAAAUCUAAUAAUCUAAGACUACAGUAAUACUUAUAACAAAGCCGAUGAUCAAGAGAAAGUCAAAUGAUAGAAAUGCCCUAGACAAAGAUCAGCUAUGCUUUGCAAACAAGAUCUUUUAGUCACACCUCUGUGAGAGUACAGGCCUGCAAAUUUGACAAUAAAUAUAGGAUUUUAACUGAACAAUCCCUAUUCUGUGAAGUUGGUCUACACUCACUGUUGGAGGAGGUGACUUGUGGUAUAUAGUUGGAGGAGGUGACUUGUGGUAUAUAUCCAUCCAUACAUACAACCAGUCUCUAAUUGAUGAAUGCAUUUAUGCUGACUGAGAAAGCAUAGUUUACUUUAUCCUUUUUAAUUAGGGCCACAGGACAAACCCACCGAGGCACUAUUGUUAUACUGUGGGGUUUCUCUUAUUCCUCUUCUGUAAAAAUUUCUGUUCACUACUCAUCCUACAGCUUGAAGAGUUGUUGAACAAAUUAUAUAUCAGAAUGUGCACUUUGAUUGGGAUUGGUGUGCUUUAACUUUUCUCUAUUGUAUAUGGAUUUUUCAGCUUCAAAGGAGAUAUGAUGGUUUGAAGAGUGGGGGAGAAUAAAGAUGGACUGAAAAAGAGGGGGAAAAACUACAGGUGUGUGUAUGAUGAACCUGAGUCCCAGGCUGAUUGUACAUCUGAGCACGUUCCUUGCUGCUCUCAUCCAGCACAUUUCCAAGAGUCAGGCAGGCAGGCUAUAAAAGAGAUGGGACAACAAGAAUAAUGAGAGAGCAGCGUUGUAUAAUGUUUACUGUGCCAAAGGGGCAGCUACACACAAUACACACUGAUGUUGCUUAUUGACACAGCAGCCAGUAUAUUGCUAUUGGAGGGGCACUUUAUAUCUGAAGUUGCUCAGAGCCCAGAGACUGCAUGCAUUUUAAAGUCUGUCCUCCUCUGAUGGAGACAGAACCUGUGACUCUGACUCUAUUAGGGCAGGAGAGAGGAAAACAAAUGCGCUUUUUGAUGAAACAUCUUGAGAUUUCUGAGUGAGGUCAGUCUUUAUCUCUGCUGCUUUUUAAUCUUAAUUAUUUGAAGAGAGAGCAGAUUCAAACAGGCAAGGGUUAAAUCAAAUCAUUCAGCCUCUCUUCUUAUCUCUGUGGUGGGGUUGCAGUGGAGGCGAGCUGCAGAGAGGGAGGGCAGCGCCUCGUCGCUUUCCAGCAGCGGUGCUAUGAUACCUGGGUAAUUACUGUACAGUGCUUACACACAUCAGUGAGCAGUAACCAGGCAACCGGCCAGCCUGCUACGGAAACAGACCGAGACUUUCUCUGCGAGUCAUGGGUCUGUCUGCUAUAAUCUACUCAUUUCAUUACCACAGAACAACAGAGCAGGGACACUGAACUGUGUCUGCUCACAGUGAGUCAGAAUGAACAUGGACACGAUCAGGAACAAACAGAGGAGUGAGAGGUCUGUCUGUUUGAUUAAAGGAGGAAGGUUAGGCAAGAAGGUUUUUUAGUCCACAAACUCUUCUCCACUAAAUCUAUCACUUUACAAUGCAUAUGUAGUUUGCAAGGUAACAUUUCAUGUGUCAGAGAUGAUUUGCACGAGUAUAGGAAACACUGCAGGUUUUCUUAUUGGUGUGAAAGAAAACAUGAAGCCUUUGGGUCACUGUUCUGCACACAACACAAACUAUGCUACUCUAAGCAUGUCCCCAAAAAUCUCUAAAACUCACUAGUCUUCACAGUCAAACCUAAGUGAAAUGAAAGGAUCUGGGAUUAGAUUUGCAUUAGAGGGCUGCAAUGAGAUUAGGAUCCCUUGGGACUUUCGAGGCCAAAUGCAAAUCUUGCAGGAGUGGGCAGUUUUAGUAUUGCUGUGGGUGAGAGAAGGCAGUCAAAAAUCCCCCCAUGUAGCAACAGUGAAAUCACUUAAUGGCCAAUAGAGGAAGAAGAUAAAAGCAGGUUCUUAAAAAGCAAAGACAAAACAAGGCCAUGGUGAGUCCCACUCCCCCACGAAGGGAGCCAUGGGUUGUUGUAGGUAACUGCUGCAAAAGAAGGGUGGCAUUUCCACUCAUCACCAAGAGACUUGUGCUACCUAACCACAGGAAAAACUAUCAGUCCCGAACGGAGGCUUCAUCUAAACAGAUCCGGUAGCUGUCUGCUGUCCGUUAAACUGGCACAUAAUAAGUAGCAUGUCCUCGCCUUAUUCAUCUCAUACCAGCCCACACUUGUUGAACCUCCCGCCACUGAUUUAUGUCCUCCUGGUCCUUGCCCCUUUCUCUUAAGUUCCACCUCUAACAGUAACACAUGCACUACCGGACUUGGACCAUCUGAUUUGAUUUCCCAUUCCUAUCAUCACUAGUUUCAGACCCCAAAUUAGAAAACGCAAAGCAAACAAGCAGAAAUUUAAAUAAUGUCAGCACACAAAAGAAAACUUCAUCCAGGUCCCUGACCAGGCUCUUUCAAACUUUUGAUACCUUUUUAAAGUAAAUCGUUCCUCAUUCAUGACCUGAUUUUAGAGAACAAUAUUGACUGCAUGUUUUUAACUAUGACUUGGUGUCACAGAGUCUCAGUAUUUUUAACAGCAAACUCAAAACCUUUUAAGUCUGGCUUUAAACAUUUUUUUUUUUUUUACUGACCACAUAAUACUCAUCUUCUUCUAAUACUCAUGUUAUUUUAUUUUAUUAUCGUAUUUUUUACCGUUACUAUAGCUGUUUUUUAAUAUCCUAUCAAACAUUUAACAUUUCAUUAUACCCCAGUGUUCUCUUUUCUUUUCUUCUUUAGUUUUUUUAAAGAUGACAAAACAUGAGUUGUGCUAUUUAGGGUUAGACAUCUCUUAAACAUCAUGAAAACAUUAGACAGAGAGUCCGAUAACUCUGGAGGAGGUAAAGUGUGUGAGGAGGGGUAAGAACUGAUAAACAAUAUGAGCAAAAUAAAGCCAUCGCUGAAAUAGAUAGAGUUAUAAUAAUAAAAAAGAAAACAUUAUGCAAUGGAAAGAUUAAUACAUAUUGUGUAUAACACUGUGUGUACAGAGUGGUCAUCAGUGUGUGUGUGUGUGUAAUGCACUUUGCAUCAUUUUUGCAUGAGAAGUGAUUUAUAAAUAAAGUCAGAUUGAUUGAUUGAUUGAUCAAUUUAUUGAUUGAUCGAUGGUGACAGUUUCUUCAUUUUACAGCAGCUGAAGUGGUAUUCAUGACAUUUGGCAAACCCGUUGGAGUAACUGUGGUAAUUAGUGUUGAACGGCUCCUGUGAGAUUUUGAGGAGUGUUAUAAUCAAAUUGGGACAGAGUCCCACAGGCUAGUCUGGUUUUGGAGAGCUGUAGCUUUAAAGGGGGAUGAAUAAACGUCAACUAUUUGUGUUUUUUCACUCCUAACCUUUUAUUUUAGGGGAUUUGAAAAUUAUCUCACUAAGGAUGCAACAAAAUAAAGAUUGUUAGCCUAAACCCAAAAUUAGGAAACCAAGGCCUAAAACCAAAACACCGAAAGAAAUGAUGCCAACUAUUAGUACCAUUGUAUUUAUGGCUAUGACUGUGUACUAACCUCAGUAAUAUCAAAGCAUUCCAAUUGCAUAAAUUAAUAGUAUAUUAAUAUUAAAUAUAGAAUUUAUAUUAAUUUAUUCAAUUGCAGAGUGAGAUUUGAGGUCCUCAGUCAGUGUUUCGCUGCAUUUUCUGUGUUGUUUACACCUUUAGAUGGUGCCUGCGAGUCAGGGGCAAAAACAACCCAAAAGUUCUAAGGGAAGAAGUGUUGUUAGUGGUAAAGAUGUGACUAGAAGAGGUAGCAUCACUGACUGUGUUUUCUUUCAUGCAGCCAAGAGCACGAGUUUGCAUUGCAAUGUCGAUUUCUGUUAAAUCUGUAAGUAAAAGUGAGAAGAAGUGAAACUUCUGUCAGUGUCCGCUUGUGUAUUUAGCUGCAAUACCAGCCACAGACAGAGUAGGCGAUCUUGAAGGGAUUAUUCAUUUCUGUGCAGUGUUCUUCUUACCUUCAAAAUUCCAGUGCAGGAUGUUUGGAUUUUAGGGGGUAAAUUAAACCCUAAUGUGAAGAAACUCUUUUCAUCUGCACCCCCUCUUAACAUUUUAGCACACUAUGCUAAUCGCUAUCCGUGAUUCUCAGAUAUAUUGAAAUAUGUCCACACUGCAGACAGGUUGGCCCUUAUCCAGACAAGCACAUGCUGGCUGCAGUUUUUACUGUGUGCUACUACUUUUCUCUACCAUUACACAAUUUUUUUGCGAAAAAAAAAAGGAAAAAUUUUGCACUGAAGUCAAUGAGACAGCCCAAAACAUGAGCAAUUAUUUGAGCUUUUCAAACGUCUACUGCUUGGUUCCAUUAUUUCUGUUGUAUAAAUAGUUACUUGAAAAGGAAUGUUUGUCGUAGGUGUGCUCCUUGUAUAUAAUAUCACUAUUUUCCUAGAAUUAAUAAUUAUUGAAAUCCCUGAAGAAUCUCAUCAUAAUGUACACUUCCCUGCAGUAGCCCUGUGGCCCUCUCAAAGUUUCUGAGAGUAAAUUUUCAAGUUUUCAUUUUUUUUUCCAUCAACAGCUGUCAACUAAAGUGUGAAGUUGUGGUCCAGAAAAAAAGAGCUUAAAGACACCAAAACGCUUUUCUAAACUGCCAAGUGAAAACUACAGAGUCAUCAUUCAGUGUGUGUCUGUGUGUGUGUGUGAGUAACACUGGUCCACUCAGCCAUGGUCAUCUUUCAGUACAACUGUGGAUCAGUGAGAAUAAACCAGACUGUUUCAAAACAAAACACUGUAAAAGCGUAUUUAUUUUUAGAAACCUUCAAUAACAACAUGUCGGGCUCCAGCUUGUUUGGUGUAAAUUGUAAAUUAAAGUUUUUUUUCACUGAGUAUGACUAAGGUAUAAUUUGAACACAAUCAAACUGUUAAAAUACUCGUGUAACUGCACUUUGUAAUUUCAUGUGGGUUUGGCUGUUUCUCCUGUGUUAUUUCCAGCAGCCCACCACAGAGUAAUCUCAUUAUAAAUGUUUUUCAGAUAACCAGAUUAGCCUUCAACCACCAGCAACUGCAGGAGCCUUAGACCUGGACUCAGCAAUAAACAGGUCGAAGUGAGCAUCUUAAUGUGGGCCUGGAACUAAGUGUACCAGGCUGGUUAAUCGUUGGAUCUUCUACUCUGCAGCUUAUAGCAGGAGAGUAGAGAGACCACAGAACAUGGACUUAGUCUCAAUGAUGUCACUCUGGUUUCUAACACUGGGAUCUGCUGACACUCAGGGAACUGCAGUUUUUAGCAUCUCUUAAGAUCUGAGGGUGCUGCUUGGCUGAGACGCACUCCUGUGCUCCCUGUGGAAACACAAGCAUUGGCAAGAAGGAGCACAGAUCAGCUCCGGAGUGUUCCAUGCUGCUGAGGCACGGUGCACACUUGUCCUGUGGGUUUUAGGGGGCAGAAUGAUUCUUGUAUCUGCAUAGGAGUGAGUCCCCCCUUUACAAUGGCUGCCAUCUUGCACCACCAUGUUUCUAGACUAGCACAGAACAUGCAAACUUCUAAAAUAUUGGUUUUUGUUUUCACCGAGUGGCUGCAGGAAAUGCACCAGUUUGUAGACAAAGAACAAGAGAGAAGUCUUUGCUGUGUGCAAAGAAAUUGCACUGAUGGAUGUUUGGAGGAUCAAAGUUAUCAUGCAUUACAAGAAAUUAUUCUCUUCCAAGGCCACUAAAGCUUUACUAAUGAUAGGUGUGUGUUCUCCACUGGUGUAUGAUUGUGAGUGUUGAGUUGUGGUGGUCGGAGAGGCCCUAGGCGUUGAUUGGCAGCCAUGUUUCCGUCAGUCUGCCCCAGGGCAGCUGAGACUACUAAGGUAGUUUACCACCACCAGGGUGUGACUGUGUAAACGAAUGAAUUAUGUCUCCAAUGUAAAGAACUUUGAGUGUCUCUGAUAAAGUGCUAUAUGAAAUCUGAUGCAUUAUUAUUAUUAUAAAAAUCAAAUCAUUUGUGUACCAGGAUGUAAACAUCUUUAUGUUGUUGUAGAGCUGUGCGUUUUAACACGAGGCCUCUUGCUUUUUGAGACAGUCUCAUGUGGGCCUUCUAGGUCCUGCAGUUUUCUGUGAUUCUGCAUAGUCUUCUGUUUUAUAGCACCAGGUGUUACUGCUGCAAGGAAACCAUGCGUGUGCUCUUAGCUUUUUUGCUCAUUCUGUUCUCAAGAAAAGGCUGUUUCAAAAUAGUUUAUGGACAUAUACUGAGGGAGGAUUGAGUGGUCAAAUUUUAAAAAACACUGCCUCCUACUUGGGCCUUGUAUAAGAAGUGUUCUGUGUUUCAGAAGGUCAAUAGUGCGGGUUAGUGUAUGCACAAUCUUUUUUUUUUUUUUUAAAGACAAAAAAAUCUAACAUAUUGGCAGAAACAUCACUUGAGGCCAUUUCCAGCUUUGACUAGACUUUAUCACUGAGCAGGCCUUAUCCCUGUAGUCUCCAGAUAAAACAUACUUUUGACCACAGCAUCAUCAUUUUACCCUCAACGUUCUUCAGUAUCUCUAAAGAUGUAGUCCUGUUUGCUGAUUGCCUUCUUUCAAGGCAUCAUGCCAGUUUUUGGAGCUCAGAUUAGCUUCGUAAGCAGCACUGUGUUCAGGAAGAGGAAGUAAGGUCUUCAGUGUUAAUUCUUCAGCUAAAAAUGUGCCACAGAGUCUCAGCUUUAAUGACAUAUUCUGCUUGUGUUAGAGCACACAUAAAAAGGCAGAAUUAGUAGUUCCUCAUCAGUUGGACUGAAAUGCUAAUCUUCUAAUUAACAGUGAAGGGGUGCCAUGGUAACAGCAUUAAGUGCUGAAUGCUGAACAGAGAAAGAAGCAGUUGCACCAGCACCCUCAGCCAAAGCUUUCAGAACAGCGUGAAUCACCAUGUUUGGAGAAUGAAGUCUCUCGGCUGUACCUGCUCUGUCAUUAUUGUUGUUUUAUGAAGCACCUUUGUGGUGAAUGCGCUAUGGCAAAAGUGUGUUAUUUACACUGUGGCAAAAAUGUUAGUCUCUAUUGGCAUUUGACAUAAGAAAUAACAUGAAGAAUACUUUGAGCAUUACUGCUCAUGUCUUUUGUGAGGGUCUGGGUUAGUUGUGAAGGUUGAUCUCAAAUGAUUUUUUUGAGGCUCUGGACAGUAAGGAAUGUUGUGUUGCUCUUUUUAUUGAUUUGUCAAAUGCUUUUGACACAGUAGUCCACAAUCUCUUGGAAAUGUGCCGUAUAUGCUUGACUUGUUAAAAUGUUCUUAAAAUGUCUUUAAACACUGUUUAUCACAGCACCUUGAGGUUUAUUACUAAUGGUGGUCAUCUCACACAUCAUUGCGAAUUGUAUGCUAACUCUGGCUGGCCUUCUCUAAGUGCAUGCAGGAAUACACACUGGCUGACCCUGAUUUAUAAGGCUGUUUUUUGUUUAAUUCUAUAUUCUAUCUUAGUUUAUGAACUUUUCUUUAGCGAGCUAGAAGCCGCUAUGCCCUACACUCCUUUGACGUUCUCUAACUUCUUGGUUCCUCGUGUCAGAACUGAACCGGGGGAAGAGAGCAUUCAGUUUUGCUGCCCCCACAGUGUGGAACUCUCUGCAGACUGAGCUGAAACUCUCAGAGCUCAUUUCACUCGGGACUUUUGCUCCAUGCUGAUGGACAGACAGAGUGGGACCACUGAACAGUGCUUAUGUUUCUAAAUUGUUAUUUAUGUUAAAAGCUUCUAUACUUCACUGCAAGAUACCUUGCACUCGCAAAGAAAUUUUUAUUUUGACUUACUGUAUAUUGUCACCUUUCAAUCAUGUUUUUUUUAAUUUUUUUUUUAUGUGCUGCUGACCUCUUGGCUUGGUCACCUUUGUCAAAGAAAUCCUGAUCUCAAUGCUUUUAUCUGGUUUGGUAAGGGUUAAAAAAACAGGGUUUGGUUAGCUCCUUGGCUCUGAGCUGUUGGGAGAGGAUUUUUGAAUGCAGCACUAACAGGGAGAGAUCAUAUCUGAAGAUCAGUCCUUCCAGUCAGGUGUUCUCAGUGAAGAGAUGACUAAGUUUCCGGAAUGUCAUCACAUUUAUUUUUUCAUCCAGAACAUGAUUUACAGUCGGACCUUGAAAAGGAACAAAAACAGGGAGAAGUCACAUUGUCCCUCUCGUCCUAACCGAGCAUCCUCUCCCUCUCAGUCUAACCUUGUGCUGCUCAGCACUCAGAAUUAUAAAUUAGCUCAGACCUGCAUAAGCAAUCAACUUAGAGCUGCAGAGUUUAUCGUGCACUUUCAAUCAAUAUGACGUCUCACUAAGACCAGGAUUUCUUUGCUUUUUAAUUAGUAGAGCUGCUGGGAAUGACGUGACUUUUUACUGCAAGCUUCUGUGAUAGAAAGUCCCGGUGUGUUUAAAGUAAAAGCUCUGUUUUUACAUACUUUAAGAUGCUAACUAGUAGGUCUAAAAACAAUGUGGUUUUGCUCUUGUAAGCAGCCUGGAUUUACUGCAGUGUGUACUCGGUCCAGUACAUGUAACAGCAACACAUCCUGCUCAUAAUGAACAGAGUCACUUACUUAUCCAGCUGUAUCAAGGCAACAUCAGUGUCAGACCUCAGUCCAAUCUCCUCCUUCGGGGCUCUCAAUCAAGGAAAAGUAACACAAAUGUAAAUUUGUGUUAGUCUUCUCCGUUUGACACUCUCUUUCUUUGCCAACAGACCUCCUGACGAACAGGAAGGCUUUUUCUGAACCUCUUGAUCGCUUGACGGGUUCUCCGCCGUGUUGCUUCUAGCAGCGCUCUCCUCCUCCCUCCCUUCUCGUUGUCGGGUAGAACCAAGUAGAACACGUCAUUUCCUGUGCAAAUGUCGCCCCUUGACACCAAAUACAAUAAGAAGAAAUACUGAACAAUACCGCAGGGUGUUAGAGGAGCUGAAUGGCUUCAUCAGCGUUUUAUCACCUCCUCUUGUAGUAGUUCAAGUGAAACAGAUAUUUAGAGAAACGUAGACCUUAUGCACUAUAGCUUUAAGUCCAUGUGUGACAGUGUCAGGCAUAGCAAAGUCUAUAAAAUCGAGGUUCAAAAUAAUGCAGUUUACUAAUACAGUUUGUUAUCACUGACAAUAUCUGUAGAUACAGGAGCUAAGUUGGAUAAAGUUAGUGAGAACACAAUGUGGUUGGUUAACAUUGGCCACGUGUGGGACCAAAAGAAGUUACAACAAGAGUUCGUGUAGAUCAUUAACUUGGUAGACUUGUCUUCCAUGGUGUUUUGGCAGAAAGAGAUCAUUUAAUUUAAUCAUUUCCACAUAGAAAGCAAAGAGAACUCUGGUUUAUUUUUAGAUGACCAUGCUGCCAUUUAAAGACAAAAUUACUUGAGUGAAAGCUUUCUUCUUUUUGGCCACACCCAGCUGUUUUUAAACCAAAGAAUCACAUGACUGACAGGGUUUUUAGCAUUGUAUUACUUCGGUACAAAUUUUAGUUAAUACUAGCAUGCCGGUAAAAAUCACAUGGCAGUAAAAGCACAGGGUAAAUGUGUGCUGGAAGUGGGUCAAAAGAAAACAGGCACUGAUUUGUCACCCAGCUCAGCAUGACUCCUUGUAGGCUUGAUUGCACAGUUGGUUAGAGGAACUGCCAGAUGAACAUUUUGCAUCCUGUGCUUGUCUGCAGUACUUUCACAAUAAAAUAUAGAAUUGAACCCCAAAGCAGCAGCAAGAACAAACAACAAUUUGGUUAUACCUGUUACUUAUUCAUUUUUGAAUGAACAGCUGCAAAUUAAGGCUGGUGUUUAUUCUGUGAAAAUGCAUCAGAUGAUUGUGUCCUUUCAAACAGAAGCAACUUACAAGAGCCAAUCAGCAACCAAGUGUUGGAAAAGGCAUCAUUGGUUACCCCUUAGUUUUCUAUUAAGUUUGAAACUAUAAAAGAGCCGUCCGCUUCUUAGUAGUAGUUCAAAGACUCCUAAGAAAACCCUGAUCCAUGUGACCAUGGUGAGCGCUAAAGAGUAUAAGGCAGAGAAGAUGCUCAGCUUGACCUCAGCUCACCGUCUUAUUGCUGAUAUUGUACUGGUAGUAAAAACUGUGGUGAGAGAUUUGUGCAUUCAUGUUCACACAUGUAGCCUUCCUGAUAGAGUCUGUUAAUUUUCAGGAUUUUGGAGCAUAUGUAAAAGGGGCUUCAGAGAGACAUGACUCAUAAUAACAUUAGUGUUCUUAACAGUAACCUGUUUGAGAAAAUAUUUGACCUGAACAUAUUAGCAGCAGAACAUCAUGAUCAUUUCUUUAUCCAAAUGACUUUAGUGUAACAAGCCUGUGGAGCAAAGUGUCCUCUGUCUACUCUCAGUCUAAUCCUCUGGAGCUCACCAGACUCCAUUACUAUGAUGAGGAAAAAACCACUGAAUCAGAGAGCUGACGGCGGCUGGACGUCUUCCAGAGGUGUGUGUGUGUGUGUGUGUGUGUGUGUGUGUGUGUGUGUGUGUGUGUGUGUGUGUGUGUGUGUGUGUGUGUGUGUGUGCGUGUGUGUGUGUGUGCGUGUGUGUUGUCAUCGUUAUGGGAAAACACUUUCUGCUGGUUCUCAUGUGUGCAGGUCAGUCUGACAGAGGCGAGGGGAACACGAGAAGUAUGAAAUAUUCUGUCUCAUAGCUCAAAUGUUAAGAAAGUUUUUGGGCAAUCUGUUUGAAUGUAACCUGUUCAUUUAUUUUACAUGUAAAUGAAUAAAGAGUGUAGAGAAGUAUAACAGAGGGCCUGUACUAGAAAGCCAGUUCUACAAACUUCAAACAUCAUUGACUUCUCUGGCUUAACUAAACACUGACAAAAGAGCUUAUGGGGCUACAUUCUUUAGAUUGAUCUGUGAGUGAAAUUUCACAAACUGAUCUCUUGUCCUGAACAUAACCGGUGUUCAGCAUAGGUCACAUACCCCCAAAGCACUAAAAACCCAGAGUUAACCCCCAAAAAUUCACUUGAUACCUGCAAAAUAUGCUUUUGUGGCACAGCCCCCAGGAUACAUAGCUAAUCACGCAAUUAUGCAAUAGUUGGACUGGGAGUACAGUAUGAUGGUGAUAUAAUACUUAAUUUUUUUCAGUUCUGUUGCUCAGAAAACUGAAAUUAAAAUAAAAAGAUUAUUUACAAUUGAAGAGUUUAUAUAUAUAUAUAUACAUAUGAUAAUUAUUGUAAAGUGCACUUGUUAGAAAAAAAUUCUGCUUUGUUGUACAGCUCCAUGUCUCGUCCUUAUUCACCUUUAAAGAGGAUCAUACACACACUGUGUGAAGCUCAGUAUCAUGUGAAAGACACCGACCCAUAAGUAUGAUCAAGUUUUGUCCAUUUCUCUUUCAGAGCAGGUUUUGCUGUCUGUGUUUUCAAAAGCAAAAGGACGGAAAUGAAAGAUGACAACAAAUGGUGUCAAAAGGAUCUAAUCCCUGUGAUGUUGUUUUUUGUGUUUGUGUGUUUUAGCACUUGCUGCUGGCCUUCAAGUUCAUGCUGACCUUCAUCAUCCAGGACGUCCCUAAACACAUCCAGAUCAAACUGGCCUGCCUUGAGUAUAAAUCCAUGGAGGCGCUAAAGAGAAAGGUAAAACCCAGAGUUUUUUUGAGUUAUGUGGGCAGAGGCAAGACUAGACUAGAAAACUUCAUUUUCAGAACAGUGGUCACUGCAGAAACUCAAAAAUGAAAAAAUAAGCAAAGAUAAUACCUUUAUAGACAGACACAUAGUUUAGUUAGUUCACAUAACAGUGAAAGAACAAAUAUGUAGUCUCUUCUAGACUAUCAUAAAAUCAGUAGUUUGUCAGAAAAGUUCAAAAAGUUCCCACACCUCUAUCUAUGAGAGGUGAGCUGGAUGUAAACUAGAUUUUGUUACAUCUAUCUUGAAUGGGCUCCACAUCAAAAUGACAAAAGGACUGGAGCUCACAGAGCAGCUCUGAGCAGUGGAGAGUGGAGAUGCUAAUAUUUAGCAGUAAUCACAGUCAAAAUAAGAUGAAAACUGGACUGAACAAGAGGGAGAUGACCUAUGAUGUAGCUCACUCCAGAUGUGAACUCAUCGUUACUUUACUGAACCUAUGAUCAUUGGAAACUCACCUGUAAGUUGGUCUCAAUGAUGGAAAUAUGAAAGUGUCCGAGCCAAUCAUUUAAAUCAAGUCUUUGAUCACUUCUAAAGCUCAUGACCCUGGUCUUUAUUUAGGAUUCACAGUUUAUUCAACCAGCAGAAGAUUUAGUUAGUCUCAAAACAACAAAAGAUAAACUAUUCAAACGGUCAAUGAAGGGAGGCUGAUUUCUUCUACACUGACACCUGUAAUGAGUUUGAUCUGCUUGGAAAGCGGAAUUAACAUUAGUGCUGGUGGUCACUGUCCCAUCUUCAGUCAGUACACCUACCAACAGCAAUGGUACAGCUCCAUGAUACCAUAGAAUCUCUUGAACAAGUAUGUUUGUCGUUUGGUCAGGGAUGCCAGCUGUCCUUUUUACCACUCCACCAGGAUCCACUUACAGCAUUUCAAACACACACUUUUGCCCGUAGAAGCACACCUACAGUUACAGUCUGCAAAAAAAGAGCCAUAGAUGUACCUCACCAUUGAACAUAAACACAGCACACAGAAAUGAACCACAGUGGGUCUAGGACAUUCAGGCACACCCUUCACAAACUCCUUUCACAACUUUGCUGUCCUGGAAAAGACUUUGACAUGAUAAGAUUCUGUGCUUACAUCCACUGUUUUAGGCCAGGGGGGAACUGACUGCUGAGCUGCUAAACAAACCUUCUACUCGCACACUGUACAGGUUCAUAGAGCUGAUUUAGGAUAGAAAUGAGCCCUACAGCAUCAGUCCACUGUCUGAAGUAUUGUUCUAAACUGCCCUCCUUUGGCAGGACAUGAUUGUGCCCUGACAGGGAAACAUAAAACAGAUUUAAGGAUGAAGAAAGCUAGAGUUGUCUCUACACUCCUCACAAUCGUCAGUCUGAGAUUGAUGAGUCCAUCUCAGAGAGAUGAUUGACACUAAAGAGCAGGCAAGUGGGCGUGACCUUUGCACUCCUUGUCGACACGCCCCCCACUGUCCUAGAGCAUGGACAACUGCUCAUUUUUCAUGUUUUUGACCUAAUUUUAUAUUUGUGCUGACUUUCCAAUCAUGUGAAUUUGUCUGCAUUGGUAAUGACACUCUGAUUUGAAAAUCUCAAAACUCACAUCCUUUCUUCCCUUAACAUGGAUUUGAAAAGAGAUUAAAGAGUUUCAUUUUCCUUCCCCUUACUUCCAAAUCCAAUACAAAUGUAAACCAUCGUAACAUUCAACACACUGCUGCACCUCAAUGCGUUUUGUGGUGCACAUUCCCCAGACUUCCUUUAAAAAGCCCAAAAUCAAACCUAAAGCAUUUUUACAUCUCUGAAAAUAUAACCUGGCAUUAGAUUAUCUUAUAAAUUUAAUGGUGAUUUAUGGGAACUUCAAAAAACACACAAACAUAAGUACAGUUCCUAUAGACACACCAUAUAGGCUUGUUGAUGCCGUACACCCCCCCCACCCCCACACACACAGGGUGCAGAGCUCAUGUAUGAGCCCAUUAUUUAUGCUGCUCUAUAGCUUUCCAUUUAGCAUUAAGAAUGAGCUCUUGAUGUCCGUCCCAGACCACUUUGCUGAAGAUGAAUGCUGUGUGUUAUGUUAAUCGUAUUGAUAGGGCUCCACAGUAAAGCAUUAGCUCUCUCAGCACCGCAGCCAUUUGUUUGAUGUGGGCUGACAAAGCUGAGUGCUUCUCUGAUGAGCUGUUUGGCUUGAGUUCAUCAUUUGUUUCUGGUGGUUUUUUGUUGACAGACUUCCUCUGCUGCACAGUGUGUGGAUAUGCUGGGAAUAUUACAUAUAGUUUUUCCAUCCGCAACAAAGACUCAGUGCAUGCUUUCUGCAAUCUCCACCACUAAAUGUGCUUUUCUUUAUGAUCAAACUCUGCCGUGAACACCAUCAGCUGUUGAUGUUCCUCUCUUGUCCUGCACAGUUAGCAGUCCUGAUGAAUUACUGGUGUGUUGCUUUGUUUUUCUUGUAUCAGCAGUGUUGUUUGUUUUGACCAGUCUUGUUCUGUGAUCUCUUGGUUCUGCAGAGAGAGCUCCAUGCAGGGUGAGUAGCUCUUUGGACAGUGGCGUGAAAUCAUCAGGAAGUUUGUGUGUCACCCUCAUAUUAUGGGCAACUCAUCCUAACUUUGGUGGUUUGAUGUUGAGUCUCUGAUCUAAUAUGGUUUUAUGCUGCGAGUUCCUUUUCAUCCUCAGAAAUAAGUCAGAUUCAGAUCAGCUCCUGGACAUUUAACAGUCCGCAUGUCUUCACAAUCAACUAACAGUUGUUCAGUGAAACAGACUCAACGUGGAAAAGCUCUGUGUGAGUCAGCCUGACUGAACUAAACCCUCAAUCAGAGUGCAUCACCAGAUCAGGGUCUUACUUUCACCCUGUCUUAGGAGGUAAUGCAGCAGAGACCCUCUCUAAAUUUGAGGUCUGUUUCAAUAUUAUUUAUAUCCUCAGCUUUGUAGUUUGGUUUAUCCCUAUAUAGCAUGAAUGCACAUCAUGCACAACGCAUGUGAACACCUAAUAACCAAUUUAAGUUACAGGUCCUUAAAGGAACAUUUCACCUGCCAUCAGUGUUUAUUGACCAAAAGGAUAAAUCCACCAUGCUGAACACCUGUUGCUCUGAUCACCGACUUAUUUUUUUGUUAAUAUUAUUAAAGGCUGAUUUACUUGAGUGCAACAGUUAUAUUUGGCUGCAUGGCUGUGUUCUGAGAGCUCCCUGCCCUUCUACAUGCUUAUGUGGAAUGCUAAGCUUGCAGAGGGAAGAGCACAACUCCUCCUAAACAACCACACUAGGUAAACCUCCCCAGCCUGCCUGAACUAACACAACGUUCAAUAUCAAAGGCAGGAGACGGCUUCAAAAUACUCAGUCUGUCAAAUGUUUAUUUUCAUCAUCACUGAAGGAUCACACUGUUAAUUAUUCAGUGAUAUAUGCAGGCAUGUACGUACAAAAUGCAGUUAUUCCAACACUAUUGUGAGUAAAGGUAGACCAGCAACUAUAUUCUCCAGUAAAGGUUACCUUUGGUCAGUGGUGUCUGGUGGCUUUCGGGGGCUUAAGGCUGGAUGUUUUUGGUAGAGAACGUAGAUAUGUUUCACAUUCAAGUCUUCAUUUAGCAGGGAACCUUUCUAUAAAAACAGUGUAAAGCAGCAAUCUGAGGCUGUCAGCAGCAAAUAAAGCCCCUCUUUUAGUAGAUGUACUUGGAUCCUUCUUUCAUUGGAAUUAGGUUGCCAUCAAAGUCUCGAAGCUUUCUGCAGGAGCUUUUCUAAAUUCUGUCCUUAUUCAAUAGUCAUUGAGAGCCCUGAAAAGGGUAAAUAAUAGGGCUCAGUUUUUUUAGCAACAGUUUCCCGGAGAAGUCUUUAGAGAGACCAACAGACUGCUCUCUGCCCAGCUGACACAGGCAGGGAGGCUGUUAAAUUCAGUAGGUUAACUGUUGGUUUGGGUUCCAUCAAUACAUUUUUGAUCAUAAGACACUGAGACAAGCCAGGACUAAUGUGCUUUUGAUGUUAGCUUAGCAGCGUGACAGGAGAAUAGGGAUGAUGGAUUUGAUCAGAAUUCAGUAGAGCUGUUUUACACACACAAGGUAUGACAAUCUGAGACUGCCAGUGUGUCGAAGGAUUCAAUGAUGCUGUGACUUAUCAACUCUUAAUGACAUUUACAAAGAAGACAGGAGUGUCGGAUUGAAAUGCAACAAGUUGUCUUUUCCCUGGUGUUGUAUUAUAGAAUAUUAAUGCAGCGGCGUGCAGACACAGAGAGCUUCAGUAGAGUGUGUAGGAUUAAGCGCUAAGGGGAAACUUGUUCAUGUCCCACAGGAGACACUUGAUCAGUGACCUUCUUGGCUGAACUUGUGCAGCGACAAAUCCCCUUCCUCUGCAGAGCCAUCUGAUCAGAUCAGUCUCAGCACAACAGCACGCCUUCAUUUCAUACCCUUACCCUGACCUCAUCAGAGACACAGAAACAGAAGGACAGAUGAGAACUUUCCAUCCGCUGCCAUCCAAGUGCAGACAUUUAAAAGGAUGCCAAAGUAGUUAACACAAGUAACACCACACACACACACACACACACACACACACACACACACACACACACACACACAGAAAGACCUCCAGCCUCUGGUCCUCACACAGUACAGAAACGUUCCUCCUACAGCAGGAUGGUAAAAGUUGCUGCACCUUGCCUUAUUGCAGAAACUUAAUAAACAAUAAUUGGGGGAAAUAUUAUGUCUUCUUACAUUCAUAUAUGGAGCCCUAUCCCAGAACGUCAGGGAGUUUUUCGUAGGUCAAUGUAUGAAAAUAGCUCACACAACUAUCAUGAGUGAGCAAGACCAUCGGAGACUGGACUUCAUGUAACUAUCACUCGCUGUGGUCAAGCUUGGUAAAGAAAGGCUUUUGAUAACUUACACUUUUACAAAAAUAUUCACAAAAAAUGAAACAUUGAACUCUGGGAUUGGAUAACUGUGAGGAAAACAGUAACUUUGCAUGCAUGGGGCAAACUCCAGUGUUUGGAGCAUAUGCAGAACCCUGAGAUGAGAUGAAGAAAGAGAGAUUGACAGAGGAGAGAAUAGUCGAGGGAGGAAGGAAGCAAAACCUCGACAGAUGAAGAAGAAAGGACACAAAAAAAAAACACAUCUUCCAAUCCUUCAAACAAACAGUACAGAGCUAAAAAAAUGUUUUCAUCGCUCAAGGUACAUCUGGCUAAUGUGUUUUUCCAGCUGUUUUGUUAUGCAAAACGUCGACCAGGAGAUGGCCUGUUGGCAAAGAGAUGAAAGGGGGAAUGUCACCACCUAUUGUAGUGGAGGCUUGUGUUAUUAAUUUGAUUUGUAAAGUAGUAAGAGAACAAUAUUUCAGCUAAAUCAUCAACUGUAGCUGGACUUCACUGUGCAUGUGAGUGUACAGACUUUUUCACCCCAAUCUGAUUGUCCUUCACUCUGCAGCUCAUGCUCACCAUCUCAGCUGUCUCCAUGCAGCUGCAGCUUUUUUUCUUUCUGUAGUUUUUCAAAGCUUUUGAAAGUGAAAUAAGAGACAAACAGAGAAAGAGAGAGAGUGAUGGGUAAGUGUACUUGGCGGCCAAUGGAUUUUUGUUUUCAAUCGAAAAAAAGAAAAUCAGGAGACAAGCCAUCUCCUGACCACCAGUAGGGAAUCAGAAAAACAAAAAACAAACCGUUUUUCGUUUUGAUAAUAAAAAUUGGGGGAUGAAAAAAGUAACUCAGUAUUUGACUUUCUGUGAUGUGGCUUUAAAUGGAAAUCGAAGAUCAGAAUAUGUGCAUAGAAAUGUCUUGUUUCAAGUUUUAUCACUUUUUUGUGGUGACGCAGAAGCUGUGACUUGGAGAUCAAAGUGGAAAAUGGUUUGUUUUUCGUUUUUCGUUUUCUAAUUCCCUACUGGUCGUCUCUCGAUUUUUGUUUUUUCAUUUGAAAAAGGAAAAUCUGUUGGCCGCCAAGUACAUGGACGGUGAUGACAGUCUUAAUAUGUUGUUUAACAGGUGUUUGUAUCAGAAAAGCUGGCCUGUAGUUUUCAGCCUCUGCACAUUGACCUGAGGCAGAGUUGGAGACAGAUUAACUUAAAAAAGUUGCUUUUUCUCGAAAAUAUUUGUCCUUGUGUCUUGUUAAAAAAAAAAAAAAAUCAAAGUUAUGACAAAGUUAUGAAUAAACAUCAUAAAAAUUGAGCUUGCAGGAGACAGUUGCCGGUUCCAGCAUCUUUAGUGUCGGGCCCAACCCACGCAUGUCCCUUCAGGGCUGCUGUUUAUGUCUCCAUAACGCAACAAGCUGGGAGGCAAAAGGCUUUAGUGAUAAAUGCACAUUGUAAAAUUCACUGCCUUCCUGGGAUAUUUGCUGCAUUCUGAGUCCCACCUUGUGCAUCUUUAGCGCCUGACAGAACAGCUGAGUCGUCCGGUUGAUGAGACUUGGUCAGAUCCAGACAGCAGUCACUAGAGCAGUGGAUUCCAGACAGACCUGAAGAAGGCAUAGGGUUGGUGGCUGGAGUUGGCGCAAUGAAGGAGUGUGCAGCAGGAGAAGAGUGGCUGGCUGUGGCAGCAGAGGACGUUGCUGGGGCACAUUGAGAGUGGGUGGCCAAAGCCGCACCUGAGUCUGUCGAGUAGUGGGAUGAGAAUCCUGUUGGCUUGAGGAAAGGCAGUGGAGGAAACACUACUGUAAGUGCCAAGAUUCAGUGUUGUAGCGCUGAGAGGCUUCAGAGUGGCCCGCUGUAGAAACUAAGGUGGCAGCACACCAGCAGAGGUUCUGGAGCUCUGUUGCUAAUAGUGAGUUCUCUGUUUUUUGGAGUGAGACUGGUAUCCUGGACAACUUUCACUGAGGUUGCUCCAAAAAAAUCUUUAUUUUUUCAGUUUCAUUUUCUGAAAGACAGCAGGAAGCUAGAGGUAAGCAGCGCUUGACCAGCGGUGGGUGUGGCCUCAAGAUCAGAAAGUUCACAUCAUAUGUCACACGUCAUGUCAGACAAUUAGCCAAUCUAUUUGAGAAAAUAUCAUUUAAUGCUUUCUGAUAGGGUUGUUGGUGGAACACCAUGCAGCAGAGCUACAUGAUUUCUUUAUCUUUUUUUUCCCCCUGAUUAAUUUUUUUCUGUCCUUAUUUUUAAUUGGUCUAUUUUUUGGUCUGUUUUUGGUCGGGCCUGGGUCCUACCAACCCUACUGGUUCCGCUGUCCAUGAAUGAAUCUGUAGUGAAAUUCAUCCUAGGUGGCAGCCUCUCCAGUUUGUUUUUGAGGCCCUCAGAAGGAUGAGCUCAAGGCUGCGAGCUGCGCAAACAGGUUUCAGAUGUUUUGAUCUUAUGAGUCAGUCUAGUGUAGCCUGUGGUGAGGUGGCGUUGAAGAAGGACAGUCGAUCGUUCUGACACAUGAAGCUCCAAAGCUAUCCUCAUGCAGAGUCAGCAGUCAGAUAGAGAGAGGAGGAUUACUCAGCCAAGCAACAACAAACAAACACCCUGACACCUGUGAUGUCAAAGUCUGCAGAGCUGAAACACACGCUCUCACAUCAAACACACACUUCACAGUCACAGAGACAAGUGUUCAUUAGUCCUCACACAGCUCAAUGACUACAUCACAGACCGUGGUAAGAAAUGACACCCACAUAUGACGUGUGUGUGUGUGUGUGUGUAGACCACUCUUUGUGAGCGCAGAUAUUGUUGUGUACUCGGUAAAGAGCUGUGACACAUAUAUGUGGUCUGACAGGAUCUCUAAUUGUUUGGCUUGUAGCCUUAAUAACACUGAGUUUUAAAGUCCUGGGGCCUCAUUUAUAAAGCUUGCUUACGCACAAAACCUGGCUUGAAAGUGCUUAUGCCACUUCUUACGCAAGAGUUGGGAUUUAUAAAAAAAAAAAAAACUAGUGUAGGAAUGUGCGCAACUUUAAGCAAACUCCACACCUUACUUACGCACUUUUUGGAGACAAUCGGAGCAAGGUGAGAAUAAUUGGUUAAUGGAAAGCGCGCGUAUAAAAAGCCAUACAGUGACAGUCGUGCGCAAUGCAGCACAAGUUUCAAGUUUUAUUUGUCACAUGCCUAAAUGUACAGGUCAGAUAAUCUAUAGAAAGAGAUAAAAUAAAAAAUAGAAGUAAGAUAAAUAUCCACUCCUGUAUACAUCCUAUGUACAAUAACCAUAAAAUUGAAAUAAAAUUAAGAUAAUUAAAAAUAUUGACUCCUAUGUACCAGGUAAACAGGUAAAGUGACCAGUAAGUUAUCUUCUGCAGUAAAGUCUGUUCAGAGGGUGUUGUGAAGUCAGUUAUGGGGCGUGUGUUAUGAGGAGUUCAAGGAUCCGAGUGGCCUGGGGGAAGAAGCUCCUUUUCAGCCUCUCAGUCCUGGCUCUGAUGGAGCGAAGCCUCUUACCUGAGGGCAGCCACUCAAACAGUCAAAUAUAUAUAUAUAUAUAUAUAUAUAUACAUCUCAGUUAAAGAUAAAAAAGUAUGCUGAUUGUUUGUAGAUCAUCACACCGUGCAGAAUUCUGGGAGGAGCAAACGCAAAUAGAAUCAAUUAGCACCCGCAAUGUGAUUAACAAACCUUGAAACUGAUAGCAGUUGCUGUUUUGUGUCUAUAUUUAGCACGUUUGAAAGGCACGUGCAAACUGGCGCAGCGUUAUGCACAAAUGGCUGCAGACAUUGCGGGGAGAAGGAGGCAAAUGUGCAAAAGCGUUUUUCUAGUAAAUGACGGUUUUGAUAAAUGAUUAGGUUAAACAUGGAAGAGUCUCAAAAAUGUAUCUCUUUGUCUAUUUGAUUUUAAAUUGUCUGAAUCUCUUUUUUUUUUUUCAUUUCAAAUAAGGCUGCACGAUAUUGGAAAAAACUAACAUUGCGAUUUUUUUCAACCCUGUGAUAUAUAUUGCGAUAUUAAAAAAUACAGGAAUUUUCACCAGAUGACCUGAAUAGCACUUAAUGUUAUGUUGCACUGUUGAAAUCUUGAGGACAGUUAACCUGCACUGAUCUUACCUCUUUCAGUGAAUGUUAGUAGAAUGGCUUCUGUCUGUCUCAGAGAUAUUUUUAGCUUUUAUUGUUCUGGGACGUGUUUUGGUCGACAUCAUCCAUCUUGUAACCGAAAUAAUUCCAGAGAACUGACUUUCCUUUUCUUUUUGCCAACAAAUCUUCAUUUUCGGUGGUUUUCUCUUGUUUGUUGCUCAUUUUGCAAUCUUGUUGUCAAUGCCGGUGUUGUGCUGAGAAAUGCAUGCCAGCUGAGAAUUGCAUGCACCUCGCAAAACGUGCACUGCUUUUAGGAGAGUGGUCCAUGGAAAUGUACAAUUUAAAACCCAUACAAUUAUUAUUUUCGGGACUAAACAGUGAUGAAGAAUGUUCAGAAAGUAAUUGUCAGCGGACACUAGUUUCUCGGCACAACUCCAGCAGUGCCAGCGACUCGCUCCAUGUGCAGGGGCGUGGUUUCCUUUUCUCUGAUUUUGAUUGACGGCUGGUAGGGUUGUCUGAUUGGCAACUGAGUAAAGAACUACUGUGAUUGGUGGAGAGCUGCACAGCACACGCAGAGUCACAUGCAGGGUAUCUCAGUCAGCUACCCUUAAAAUGAGAUGAGUUCAUUCACCUCCCUCAUCGCAGGCUCUGCAAUGUGACUGUCGCACACAUAUAUAUCGCGAUGACGAUGCUCAAACGAUAUAUCGUGCAGCUCUAAUUUCAAAUAUAUUUUCUUGCAUUUGUAAAGCACUCUGAGUUGCUUUGUGUAUAAAUGGUGCUAUACAAAUAAACUUUAUUUAAUAAAUAACUAUUUUUAUUAAUAAUAAAUAAUUUAUUCAUUAUUUAAUAACUAAUAGUUCACCUCUGAGUCGUGGGCGGAGACAGCGCUGCUCUCCACACUCCUCUUCACGCUAGCUUGUAGUCUAACAUUGCCGGUGCAGCAGAAGUAGCAGGUAACAAAGGAGCUAUUCAGCUCUGAGACACUAAUGUCUUUGAAGACAUGAUGAAAGUUAAUAUCAUAAUUAGCUCUCUUACAAGCAUUGCAAUUCACUACUGCACAAGCUUGUUCCGCGAUCGUCCUCUGUAUUUCUCUGAGUCUGGCCUGCAUAGCAGCGCUCAGAGGGCAGAGCUUGGAUUUGUGACGUAGAAAAUCUUGCUCUGUCUGAACCUGCUGUUGGGGUCUGCCAGAUUUACAGAGAUCUUAAUGCAGAAAUACAUAAACGCAAUUUUACACUUAUUUUUCUCAUUGAUAUGUCCCCCAGUGUCAGAAAAAUGCCAUAUGAACAUAUAGACAACAAGAAAAGCAUGACUUUCAUCAGAGCGGGUCUUUAAUGAUUUCCCAAUGAUCCAAAACUGUGAUGGUGCAGAACAGCAUCAGCAGCAACCAGCUGCACAUAGUUAGAGCACAGCAGAUAGAGCAUGUUCAUAGUUAACAUGUGAAUAAAAAUUUGAAUUGGGGGAGUUCUUGAAGACCUUCUCCUCAUGUGAAACACAUAUAAAAGGCUGCAGGUUAUCACCUGUGAAGGACAGAGAGUCCUGAAAGAUCGUCUACCUCAUUAUUAUUCCAGGGCCGCUCUCUCAUGUAUCAUCUAUGUGUGGAAAACACUGUUUUAUCCUGUUUCACAAGCAAAAUCUUCAGUAAUUAUUGGUCAGUCUCUUGCAUCUUUGCAUCUCUUUUCAAACCAGUGGAACUAAUCUCUGACAAGAAUUUCAACCCUGCUGUGGCUCACUGUCCUGACAUUUAAACUCAUUAAUUCUCCUGAUUCUGCUCUGGUGGAAGGAUCCGGUCUUUCUGUUUGUCACUGGGAUAAUUUGAUAGCCCCCUGGUUCUCUGGAGGAGUUGGAUUGAGUGUUCACUCCGAAGCUGGAAGACCGCAUCAGCACAAAUCCGUCCUAAAUCAGUCUGAGGAUCAGAAACUUUAAUAACUUACAAUUUGCCGGCUUUGCCAGAAGCAUGAAAGAACUAAUUGAUUAGAAAGUGAGUGCCAAGAUCAGCAUCAGUGAUAGGGGCGUCUUCAAAGUCCGGACUGUGAUUUAUGAACCAGACUCUGCUGUUGGAGCAGCAUGAUGAACACAGAGAUCAUACUGUCUGCAGAGGAGUCUUUAGUCCACGCUCUCUCUCAGCUCCUUUCUGACCUUGUGGAAAAAUCCCAGCACACUGGCCUGUGGUGUUUUGACAGCUGUGAAAAGAUCUGAUCUGGGUCUCAGGAUCAGGUUUUUGCUGACACUGUAACUCCAGCCUGUAUCUAAGGCGUUGAGCUCUGCUGUCCUGCUCCUGAUGACCCAUGAUCCUCUCUGAGCUGUGAGCUGUCAGCAGAGAGAUACAAACAAAACCUGCGUGUCGUCCCUGUACGUGUCCUGUCGGAUUCCUGUGAAUCCUAUUCAGUCCCUGACAGACUCCCUCUGCCAGAGACUGUCCAGACCCUGCAGCCUCAGACCUCUGCUCCCCUCUCUGCUCCAGACUGCAUGUCAUUUUAUCAAACAGAGAGAAACAGUCAGAAAAAGGUAAGAGCAGACCGAGAGGAGCUGUUUACAUGACCUCUGAGGAGGAGACUGAGCAGCCUUUGACUACCAAACAGCUGGACGUGACUCUGAUGACAACCGUGGACUGUUUCAGAGUCACUAGCUUCAGUCUCCACACAAACCUGUCAGCUGUGUUUCUUCAAAGGUGAUCAGUGAAAUGAUGACCUAAAACAAACAAACAAACAAACAAAACAAUAUAAAGCCAGCCCUCCUGAUGGUUUAGGGAUCAUCAGUGCUUAUGACAUGUGUAGCUUUAUUAUCUGUGAAAGCUCCAUUAAUGCUGAAUGAUACAUGCAGAUUUCCAAGCAGACACUGUUUGGCUGUGAUUUUUCCAGGAAAGACUGGGCAUGCUUCAGCAAGACAAAGCUGUUUUAAGCAAGUUUUAACAUUUGAUAGGUUGUCCCUUUGACCUUUGGCAGAGACAACCUAUCAAAUGUUAGGUUGUUUCUGCGUUAGUUCCAAUCAAAUCUAGAUUUCAAAUGAUUUCCACAGCACUAAACAGAGUAACUGUCUGAAGUUGAAGUUGGAAAACAAAACUGUGUGUUUAGAGGUCACAACUGGGAGUCUGAUAUCUGGGACCUGUGCUUUGUGUCACAUUCAAUACCGGAUAAUUUAGAGCAUUAAAAAAAAAUCAUAUUUUAUGAAUAAAAGACAUUCAUGUGAUAAAAAGGACAGUGUUAUUCAAAGAGGCCGAGUUCAAAACAAGAGCCUUUGGUCUUUAUUAAAGGUCUUAUCUGGACUUGUGCUUUCUUUAGCUCACUUUCCUGCUGCUAUUUUCUCUUCUGAAAUGUGGAAAAAAUCAGUGGUGCCUUUCAUUUGUUGACAUAGUCUCCACACAAUCUUAACAUCAGACAGAGUGAAAGUUUCAAGUUAAACUCACUAAACACUCAACAUAGGAAUGAGUUCAUUUUGAUCAAUCUUCGGACAUGACGAGGCUCUUAAGGAGGAAUCAUGGCUUUGUCUUGUGUUUCUGAGGUUAAUGUGUUCGUUUGAAUUCAUUAACAUUGUAUGAACAUAAAAAAAAAUCAUCAAUUACUGUGAGCAAAAAAUAUUUCAUGAAGUAAGCAAUUAGAAUUCCACAUUUUCUCGUGAAACACAACCAAAAAUUAAGACAAUUUAGUGACAGUCAUACUCCUGACUAUUGUUUGAAACACCAAGCUUUUCACAGCUGUGAAAACAAUCUUUAUAUUCUGUUUGUUUUUUUAUCGUAUGGAAACUGAAGUUAAUGGAUUUUUUGUGGAAUGCUUCCACAUCAAAUGCAUUUUAUACAUGUGCAAGUGUUUGGAUGUUUAAAGAAAUAGUUUGAUGGAACAUUUCAUAAAGUUUUGUUUCAUUAAAGGUUUUUGCAUUUCAAAAAAUUCUAUUUUUACAUUUUGUGAUAUAUGAUUAGUUUCAAUAAUGUUUUAACAGUUCUUUGAUGAAUUUGCAUUUCAAUAAAAAGAUAAAUGUAAGUUUUGUGACAUAUUUUUGCACUUCAUUACAGGUUACUAGUUUUAAAAUGUGCAUACAUUUCAUAGAAAGUAAUGACAUUUUUGGAUUUUAUGUGCUUUUUUAAAAGUUUCAUUGAUGUUAUAUUUUAAACUGAAUAUUUUCCUUGUAAGGAAAUAAUUGAGAAGAUGAAAGUGGAUGACUUCUUGAUUUCUCUCUCUCUCUCUUCUGUGUUGCAGAAAAUGCUGGAAGGCUCGCAGCCCAGCAAGACCUACCAGUGAGGAGGAGAGGCGGGGCUACAGAUACUGACAGACCUGAUACUGUUGUUGGGCUGACUCACAAUCACAUGCAUGUAUUUUCACCAAACCACCUGUUGUGUUUGGAGUUUGUCUGAAUCCCUGAGGAGGUGAUGGUGGCUUCUGUUCGUUUAGCUGAAGAUUAGCAGCUAAUUCCUGUUUUGUUUUGUUUUUGUUUUUGUUGUUGGUCUUUAAACCAGGUGUACUGUAACGAGGUCUUCUUUUAAGGUGGUGGACUGAGAGGAUACUCAGUAGGAUUAAAUGGGAUAGAUUUAUAGAUGGACUUACUUCCGGAUGCUGUAUUAUGAUCUACUGGGACUGAUCAUGGAAGGAGUUUCUUCUUGUUUCUUUGGGUCAGGGUCCUUAUGUACUGUGUUGUUUUGGGGUUACGACAGUUUGAAGGGUUUAUACCCUGACAGCAAAGACGGGUAUUGAGUUCUACAGGUUCCACAGGAUGACGGUUUCAACAAUAUUUAUGCAUACUUCACCAAAGACUCAGUUUAAUAUCAAUGACUACGCUCAUGUGGACUCGGGAAUCCUGGUUGUCAUCAUUUUUGUUUGAAGUAUCCCACUCUGUGUUUGUGUGUGUGAAAUGAUAUCUGGAUUACAAAAACUGAAAAAAAUUCCUUCUAACUGGUUUAGAGGAACCCGUUUGUUAUCCCUUGAGAACACUGAAGGAGAAGUGGAUAUUGCGGCAUGUAUACGCUCCACACAUGCAACAGUAUUCCACAGGGUUCUGACCCCUGCUGAACACCUGUGCAGGCUCAGCCUCAGCCAAGUGAUGUGCCAGUAAGUCAAAUAUGGCAGCAGCAGCAGCAGCAAAAGCCUAUUUCUGGCACCAUAAAGAAACUGAGUUACUACCAUAUCUGCAGUGUGGGGUGGGCAUUGAACUAUGCUAAGGUCACAGUUAUCUGCAGUUGUAAGAACUAAACACCAUGGGCGCCUGCACAGAUAAACUGCAAUGAUCAGAAACUGGGACACAAGUGGUUAUCAUGUAAACAGGGAUAUGAGUAAUCAGGUUUGUCUCUGUGCAUGUAAACACUAUAGCCUCAAAACCAGGAAAAGACUCAUUACCAGGAUCCUCAAGUCCAUAAAACCUCCACACUGACAUAACAAUGUAAUAUCUAAGACUCUCUGUCGCUCAGUAUCAAAGCUGCUGAUAACAGACAACAAACCUGUAUGUGUAACCUAAGGAUGUGACUGUUAAUCCGAGUAAAAUUAGUGUUCAAUAUUUCACUUUGAAAAUGUACCAUUACAAGUUUCUGUAGUUUUCCUGUCAAAAAGACAGCACUAACACUUGAAUGAACUGACAAGAGCUGGAAAGAAAGUUUCAUGUUCAAUCAAACCCACUGUUACUGUGAUAUUUACACUCCUGUCACUGCUCACUGAAAUGAAUGUCACAGAAGGGGGUGGUGGGAUGGUGGGGCCUCAUCGGCUCAUCUUGUCAUGUGAUCCAGCAGAGGCCACUGUGGUUGUUACCUGACCAUUGAACGGCACUCUUGACUUUGGUGAAUAAAUAGAGUGGUGAUGGAGGAGGAUGUGCUGCGGUCAAAGCUGCCCUUAGCAGACACCAAAACAUCUGAGAAGGGCCACCUAGUAGAAGGUGCUUCACCACAGCCGAUCAGAGGGGGCAGUUGUCAUUUUGGGGGCUUUAUAGACUCUGUGGACACUUAGAAGGUUCAAUUUAAAAUACAGUCUAUGUUAGGAGGGGCUGCCAGCUGAGCUGCUGACAGCUGGAGUGGGUGUUCAGCUUGUUUUUUAUUUUUCUUCAUAAGGAUGGUUUAUGUGGGCUUACAUAGUUAAAAAUAAAGGAAAGAAAAAGGGCCAAAGCUGCUGCUGAUUGAGCAGCAAAAUCAUCUUGUAUCAAAGUACAGCCUUCAAGUCACUUUAACCCUGUUUUUGGUUUAGCCACAAUGAAUCAGAGGACAGUUUGGAGAUGAAAAAUAGAAAUAGCUUUAGAAAACAGACAGUUACGAGUACAGUUUGGACAGACAGGGAAUUUGUUUAGUUUUUUUACCUUUGAAUUUCUCCCUAGUGUACAAACUCACCAUCUCUGUUUUUAAAGUGAAAUAUUAGUCAAAACUCAACAGAAAGUAAUCAAAGGUGUUAAAUAUGAAAUGUUGAGCUGUUUGUAUUUUCUGCUCUACCAUACAGAUAAGGACAAGUGCUGGUUCUGUUUGGCUGUCUUAUCUCAGCAUGUGACAUACACAGGGUAUUAAUAUAUAAGUAGCAACAUUAUCUGUUAGUUCCUUCAGUUUGACUUAACGUCAAACCAUGCACUCUUGUUACACCCCUGUGCCUUUAAUUGCAAAGCCUUGAUGUAUAUUUGUUUUUAUACGCUCUACAAAAGAGGCUCUCUGUACUGACAUGACAUGACUCCAAGAAGCUGUCUAUAUCUGCAAUAAAGAGGAAACCAAACCAAUGUCCAGCGUUUUGAAUGUGUUUGUGUUGAGUCAGUCCACUCUCUGCUCCUGGUUGUUGAAGAGCUGCAGUGUUUGUCGUUUGUGGAAAUCAAGAGGUGAGUUCAUAGAAAGAUCACCUCUGACUCAACUGCUUGUGUGCCAUCUGCUCUGAAAGCUUCAAAGUGACUCGAGUGUUGGAGCGAGUGUGCCAAGCAUGAAGUCAAACCUCCUCCGUGUCGUAUAACCGGUAAAUCACACAGUCUGUGUUUUCAGCACCUUGAGAGAGCUGGAUCCCAGCCUCAGAUUUCGAACCCACAUGGCUGACUCUCUCCCUCUCUUACACAGCUCUGAGCUGAAGUUGCAGGAACCUGAAUCUGUGAGGCGCCAAAUGGCUUUAUUGUCAAAGGUUGCACCCAUCCUGCUAUGCAGAUCCUGUGAACAUUAUGUGAUUUAAGCAUCCUUUAGCUUUGCUUCUCCAGUUCUAACUCAUUGAAUUGUUUCCAGAAGCUUUAAAAAAAAAAAACUCCUGCUGUGAAAGUCGACACCAGAGAGAGAACAGCAAAAAUGAUGCCCUUAAAAAACGAGGAUACUCACCUCAGCAGGUAUGGAUCCAGAGACUCUCAAAGGUCAAUUCAUACAGAGCUGACAUUGAUCAGGGAGACACUAACAAGGUUCUGAUUUAAUGAUAGAGCUAAUCUUUCUGUCAAAAGGGAAACUUUCAGACAUUUAGUGGCAGCUUGAUUACAUACUUCAACCUCAGUUCCAGAGUUGUGGCACCGCAUAAAACUUUCACAGAAACUGAAUUUCAGAAUUUGCUGUCUUGCAAAUCAAACUAUAUAUACUGAACAUAAUGUGUCAAAUGUUAAAAAUGAGAUUGUUUCACAGAAAAUAGAUGCACUUUUUUGUUGGGACAAGGUUUAUUACUGUGCUGCAUCACCUCUCCUUCUGAAAACACUGUAGAUGUGGGAGCACUUUGGGGAGUUUAAAAAGUUCAAUGUUGUUUAGGUCUUGUAUGAUUAGAGGCUUUCAGCUGCUCAGUAGUUUGUGUCACCUUUAUCUUAUAAUCUACAUCAUAAUACUCCAAAAGUUUUAAAAUUUGAUACAAGUUAGGAUUGCAGGCAGGCCAGUUUAGCACUCACACUCUAUUCCUGCAUAGCCAUGCUGGUCAAUGGUCAUUCUUCCCUGAGAAAGUCAUCACCUGUAUGCAGGUUACUCCAAAACCUCUCUAUGUUGUGUGAAAGUUAGCCAUACCUUCAUGAAUGCUGGCUGUUUCUGGUUUUUCUCCCUUCUGUGGGGCAGGGGAUGCAGUCAGUGUCCAUGACUUCAAAUUAUGAGGAGGCAGACCAAAGGACAGCCAACCCACAUGAGUGGAUGCAGCAACAAACUGAGUCCCAAAGGUUCUUGGAAGCAAUACGACAGAAUCAUGUCUGCUGAUGUGAUCAGAAGGUUAAAGUGAUUCAGUAUUGGUUUCAGUCAUGUCCUUAUAAAGUACACUGGAUACGAUCUUUCAACUAAAAAUACUCUGUAGGUGAUACAAUCCUCAAAAUCAGACACUCACACUCAUGACCAUUUCCACUGAGGGAAACAUCCUCUGUAAGACUCCGCCUCUUUUAACUGUCCCUGUCAUGUGAGUCACUUGGUGCACAUCACCCUCAUCACUUCCAUGUUAUUUUGGUGUUGAAGGAUUUCACUCUUUCAGUGCUUUUUUCAUUUCUUAUAUCCCAUUCAAACUCUUGUAUGUUUUUCUUCACAUUCAUUCUGCUCUCAACUUUUUAGUGUCUAAACAUUUCUUUGGAGUGGGGCUGCAGUAAAAAUAAAGAUGCACUCUGGGUUUUUUUAGGUCAUUGUUUUCAUCUUUUUUUACAUAGCAAACAAUAAAUAAUGCAGCUGUCCUCCAGAUGCUGCUCCCACUGUGGUCAGUUUCUCUGCAAAACUGGUGUUUUUCAGUGAGUAAGUCUGAUUAAGACAAAGAUCACACAAAUUCAAUCAAUGCAGGAAUAAAAAGAAAUCAAGGCUCCAGAUAUGAGACAGUAUUCCACAUUUUAUUUUUGGAUAUUACCAUAGCUAUAUGUAACUUCUGACAACAGGUAUCAACUACAGAAUAAUACACUGAAUAUCUGUCAGUUUCAGCUCCUCUUUUUUUUUUCUUCUUCUGUGUUUUUUUUUUUACAUUUUUUAUUUGUUUGUUUUUUUUGGUCCAGUAACAUUUCUGUGGCUGAUUAUUCUCUCUCCUGUGUGUCACUGAAUGUCAAACAUUGAAACACAUGCACGUCAUUCACCUGGAUACAGCUGAGUAAGACGACAGUCAAAGAGACCUGACAGUAUGAAGAGAGCCGUGCUGUUUUCUCACACGGCGCUAUUUUUAGCUGAGACACUCAUACAGUAUUACUAUUGUUAUAAUUAUCAUUAUUAUUAUUUUUAUAAGGCUAUUACUGUACAGCUAUGCACCAAAGGGUUCACUCGGCUGUUCUAGAGAAAGAGCACCAUAUUUACAUCCGUAUUUACAGGUUUUCAAAAGAACACUCAGACAACAACCAAAGAGGAACAGAUUUCAAACAUGGCUUUCCUUUUUGUCAGUCCAAUAUGGCCAUUAAAAGGAAUUCCUUAAAAAAUAAGACAAAAAAAAUCAAAAGAAAGUUUCUGUACAGAUAGCUGCAACACACAUAUAGCUUAUUGCCAAUGCCCUAAAUGAAUUCCUCAGUCCUUUCUUCCACUUCUUCCUCUCUUGGCUGGCCGCUUCAAAGCUUUUAAGGAGCUUUUUUUUUUCAUGAGAGCUCAAUAAAACUCCUCGGACGCCCCUGUCGAAGUUUUCAAACAGCAGGUCACUCCCAAAAUGUACAAGUUUGAAAAAUAAACUUUACUUUUCCACAUACUGUAUGUACAUACUCCAUACAUGAGCCCAAACACUGCACCCACAUGUGCAGAAAGCUUUGGGUGACAUGUGGGUGCAGGUGGGCCGACAAGAAGCCAGCAGAGGUUUUCAAUAUCAAUGGCGUGACAACUUGAGUUUCAAUCAGCAACUUAUUGAGUUAUGAAUAAAAAAAUAACAUUUUAAAUACAUGGUCAGCAGUAACAUAUUCAAACCUGUAGGUGAUUAGCAUUACAAUGCUACAGUACGAAAAUAUCCUCACCAGUCUGCUGCUGCAGAGGAGUGCCGCACACACACACACACGCGCGCACACACGCACACAGCUUGAUAAAACAUAAGUUUCUGUCCCACUUCUAAUGCCAAAACUGCCUGAUAAAGACACUUUCCAAAUUUAAAGGGUUUGGACAGAAAACAGAGAUGUUGCAGUUGUUAGUACAAAAAAGCUGAAUUCAUACCAGUAGAAAUUAGCUUUAAAAAUCGUAAAACAACAUAAAAUAGAUUGUCUGAGUGCAAAAUGGAGUUCAGACUGAGACUAAAUGAAAAGCUUGUUAACAGUGUCAAAAACACACACAUGUGAUCCAGGCUCUCAUCCACCUGAUGGGUAACAGUGAGGGGGAGCAGGGGUCAGAGGUGGAGGGUGGUGGGAGUGUUUUUGUCUGGAUGAACAUGGAGAGCUGCUCUUUCCUGCUCCUGUCAGCUGUCUGCUUCAGCUCAGCACUCACACUGUCCUCAUGGCUGUCUGAACCACUCUGCUUUACAACCAACAGCUGCCCAGCAUGACACUGUACAGACAGACAGACAGCUGCUCAGAGUCAAAAACCUAUUAUUUGAAGAUUAAAAAGUCACACUUUUGUUCAAACAAACCUUAAAGAUAGUUAGGCUGUUAGAGAAGAUGAUUUCGAAACUUUGAAAAGUCUGUUUUCAAAGGAAAAUCAGAGGGUUGAGACAUUAUUUUAGAGAAAAUCAGAAAUAAUUUCAACCAAUAGUAGAAAGGCUCAAAAGAUGAUAAAUAAGUAUGGAUUUAUGGACCUUUGAAAGUUGGGUCUAAUCUAUGUGAGAUGUGUAAACACCAGCAAUACAAAGUUUUUCAGGCUAGGAUUCAUUUUAAAGAUACUAGAGAAACAUGGCUGCUAAUGUCAGUGCAUUUUUACACACAUCUUCCAAACAAAUAAUGAAGGUCGUUCAACUCAAUUCAGCACUUUGUCAGCCAGUGAAAAAAAACACACAAAAAAACCCCACAAGUGUCCUGCUCAGAAUUUUGUCCUGAUGUGCUGAUGUUCUAAUAAAACGGACUUGAGUGGUAAUCAGCCUGGUAUACACACCAGCUAAUUUAUCACUUUAGUCUACAAAUCUUAAAUGUUUUGUGACCAUAAUAAACUGUGUGUAUGACUGAAUCAUUUCUGUUUUUAUUUUUUUUAAAGUUUCAAAAGGUUGUUUUGAUUAUACUCUCAAAAUAUGACACCGUAGAGUUGAAACUUGAGCUACAACUAGAAAUGUGUUUGACUUUCUCCUGAUGUAAACCGUUCCUUUAAACUUUGGACCUUGUGCUCAUUCAUAACACCGGUCUUGAAGCAUUUGUCCUCCGAGAGUACACAUUUGCUCCCGUUUCCCUUCUCCUGUCAAGUUUCCUUCAAACCAGUUAAAAAAGUGUUAAUAAAGCACGUUGACUCUGAUAGUAAAAUAGAAGUUACACUAUUUUUCAAGUCAUUUGGGGGGGAAACGGAUUAAAAUGAUGCUUAGCGUGCAAAGUAAGAGAAGCAGAUCAAAGAAAGUGACGGGUAAAAUGGAACUGAGGCAGCAGCAGCAGCAGCAGCAGGGAGCAGGUGUGCUGACAGAGAGAUGAGGUCAGAUACCUGCUGCAGGUAAACACCAAAAGAAGAGAACAGAGGGCUUUGAGAAUCUGACUAUGAGGAUGGACAGAGAGGAGAACAUGGAGGGAGUAGGAAAGAAGAUGGAGUCGAGCUGGUUGGAGCCUUAGAUGACCUGGCAGCAGCUGGCGGGGGCAGAGGUACAGAGCAGUCCAUCUCUAGAGCCCCCACCUCGCUGGAUGUUGACGGAGAUGGUCUUCUCACACAGAGGUAGUUGGAGCACACCGUUUUUCAAAGCGCUCAGGUUGCUGUGAGCGUCCCUCCCGCCUGGAGGGCUGCAAGGGCCGUGUGUGGCUGUUUUGCGUUGAUGGUGCGGGGCGGAGUGGGUCCGAGGCAGGUUUGUAGUGGGGAGGGUGAUGGUGUCCAGGCUCCCAGUGGAGCCGAUGCACAUCCUCCAGGCUGAUUUCUCCUGGAUUUUAACGCUCCCCCCUGAGAGGCUGUUAGGGUCAAUGAUGAGCUUGCCCCCUCCUCCUCCUCCUGCCCCUCGACUACCUCGCCCCCCUCGGUGAUGCUGCAGCUGGGAGCUGAGGCACAGACUCAUGAGUUUUAGGCUCUCCACCAGCUCAGUACUGCGGCUGGAGGUGCGAGAAGAGCGGGAUGUUGAAUUAAGGGAGGGGUUGUUGGUGCUGCUGUUGUUACAACAACUGGAGGGGCUGUCUUGUCCUUUAUUACUCCCCCCGCCUCCCCCACUCCCCCCUCCACCACCAUCACCUCCUCCAUUCUCACCUCCUCCUGGGGGACUCCCUCUGUCAGGUCCAGAGCCCCCUCCCCCCUCUCCAGGAGGUUUACUUUGGCCUGAGCUGCUGCCUCCCCCGUUGCCCCCUGAGCUGCCGGGUGGCCCCUCACUGCUGUCCCUUCUGUUCCAGCCGUAACCAAAACUCGAGUCUUUGUCCAGACGUCUCCGGUGGCUUUCUGAGUCAUCGUCGCUUGUUUCUGAGCUGGAACACGAUGACCCCCUUCCCUGGCUCUUGCGGCGGUGGUAGCGCUUCUGUGUGGACCCAGGGGAUGAGGAGGAGCCGGCACCGGAGCUCAGGUUGCCAGAGUUCCCGGCCAUGUUCAUCUUGAGACGGGAGAGUUUUGGUGGCAGACCUUCAUCCAUGUCAAAGUCAUCAUCUGACUCCCCCUCCUCU